CCCGUCGCAGCGUCGUCCCGCGGGGCUGGCGCCGGGCGCGGCCACGGAAAGAGCCAGCGAGCGAGCGAGGAGCGAGAGCGCGCCCGCCCUCGGCUGACUGACUGACUGACUGACUGGGCCGGCGCGGCGAGGGGCAGAGGCGGGAGGCUGCGCGGAUCCGGCGGCGGCGGCGGGGAAGCGUCUUGGUGGUCGCCUCCGCCGGGCGCCCUGCGAGGUAGGCCACCUCUCCUUCCGCCUCUGCCGGGCCUCGUCCCUGGCCGAGGGGGAGCCGCGCGGCGGAGGCAGGUGCAGCGCCUGAGGGAGCGGGGUCGCCAGGGAGCCGCCUCCUCCUCCGCCUCUGCUGCUGCUGCUGCUGUCCAAGGUCCGCCGCGCGUCUCCCGGGAGGCAGCCAGGCGAAGGCUGGGGCGGCAAAGCCCCUCGCCCGCCCCGCUGGCCGGGCCUGCGCGGCGCCCGCUCUUCCUCCACGCGCCGAGGAAGCGGCCGCGUCCACACGUGACGGCGGGCCGGGGAGGACGGCGACGCUUUCAGGCGGAGGAGGAGGAGGAGAAGCAGGGAAGGAUGGAGGGGCCGCUUUUAAUCCCCCAAGCUACCCGGUGGUCCCUGCAAGCAGAAAGCCAGCACCUCAGGGGGAAGGCGGGCGCUGCUGGGCUGGGGGGGGGGCGGGGAGAGUCGGACGGGCCUCGUUGGCCUUUUCCACUCGGGAUCGGGGCCGCCUCGCCCAGGGCGCUGAGCGUCUCGAAAAGCGGUUUGACUCCGGAGCGUCUCCUUGGGACCCCCGGGAGGCAGCUGGCUCUUUGCUUCCGCGCACCUGCUCUCCUUCUUCCCUACCUGUUUACACGGGGAUCCUUUUCUCCUCGCUAGUGAACAUGUAAGAGGCUGAAUCGCAGCUGAUUCUAGAAAUCUAUACAGUAUAGCUGAUUCAAGUUGGGCGCUCGGUGACUAUUGCUUUAGUCAGCAGCAUGUUUGCAAUAUGGAUUAUAAAAGAGUAACAGUUGGUCAGAUUAAAUGUCUUGGUUCAGCUGCGAAAAAGAUCAAAAUGAGCUUAAAGUAUUCAGUGUUAAAAUUACUUUAACUUUGUUUAAAAUAGGAUUAAAAUAGAAACAUGGGUUUCGUUCACUUUCCUGAGGAUAGAUUCAAAUAAACUCCAGUGCACUUACUACUGAUGCCAAUAAAUAUUUUGCUUUGAGGAAAGAGAGUUACAAAUAGGGAGAAUUCCCCUGCCUUUCAUAGAAAACGUGAGCGCCUGUAAAUACAGUGAGACAGUUACAGAUAGAGAAAAGCUUCUCAAAAUAUUAUGGCCUUUAUUAAGAGUGAUUCCGGCUUUGGCAUUAGCAGAAACAAGGACUCUUGUGGUAUACACAAAAAGCAACAAGAGAGGGGCAACUACAGCUACAGCUCAGAAAUUGGGAAAUAAGAAUUAUGAAUUGAAAUACAUGUAUUUUGUAGAAAUUUUAAUAGGGCAUUUCUUUGCGUGUUUUCUUGAGGAAUAGCAGGACAACAGGAAUGUAUUUAUGUGUUUCUGUUUAUUAUGAAAGAAGUAAAUCCAAGGGUUAAAGAUUUUGGGGGUACUGGUAGAGUGCAAAAUUAAUAUAAAUGUCUGUUUUAUUUAUUUAUAAUAUUUAUAUUCCACCCUUCCUUGUGCCAUUCAGGGUGACUAAAAACAAAUAAUAAAAUUUAAUAAAAGCCAACAAUAAGCUGGGGACAAUGACUAUGUCUUUAGUCAGCAGCAUGUAUGGGAGGCUUAUAUAUCAGCAUUAGAGUUUUUCUGAGUCUGUAAUUGUUUUGAAAUAUUUCAGGGUAACAGAAUACUUUCAGUUCUUUGAAGCUCAGAACGACACAAAGUGUCAAAAUUUUAAAUGUGAGAUGAAUGCUACUUGGGUGUGAGAAACUGUAUUUUUGAAUGCUCAGUGAGGUCAAAAUGUAACUGAAGUUGGGAUGUUGAAAAUAUUACUCUGGCAAUCUCUGGUAUUUAGAAUCUCUUACUUUCCAUAACUUCCUUGAUUUUCAGAUAGAUCUAAGUUAAGCAAUCUUUCUUUGUUUAAUGAUCUAUGUGUCACUUACUCUGUCUUGCUUUCCAUUCUCCAUACAGUUGCCCUCUAGUCUAAAGUAGAUCACUUUAAUUCCCAUUUUACACUUGUGAAUCUAAGGGUGCAAAGUAAUUACUUAGCUAUGGUCAAGUAAUGAAUUGUUGUUUAUGUUGCUGUUUUUUCAAAUUACAAACACAAUCAUUUUACUUUUAUAUCACAUUUCACAUUCUCAAUAAUUUUUCUAAUUUUCCAAAUUUGUUUAUGUUGUUUUAAUUAUAUAUCACUUUAGUAUUUCAAUUAAUAGAAAAAUGACUCAUAAAUAAUAAUCCGUGGUUCAGUGCUGCAUUUACUGAGUCAAGCUGGUUCUAAGGAGAAGUUGGUUAUAGGAGCCACUGUCAUGAUCUGUUGCAGGCAAAGCCUGGCAAGAGAUGAGGUGGGGAGAGGGAGUUUGAAUCCUGGGAUGAUGGAGGCCCUUUGGGUGGGUGGUUCCCAUGUUUAGGAAAUUGGCAAGUUGCCUGUUCUGGAUGGGAGCUGCACUCCUUCUGAAGGAGCAAUCUCUUCAGAGCAAUCUGUGUAGUUUGGGUGUACUCUGGGAUACACAUCUUUGUCACCAGAGGCCUCUGUAGCUGCAAGUGCCUUUUAGCAGUUUCAUCUGGUUCGCCAACUACAUCCAUUCCUGGGCAGGGAUAACCUGACCACUGUUCCAUGCAUGAGUAACUUUGGGGAUGGAUUACUACAAUGCACUCUAUGUGGGGCUACCCUUCGGUCUGGUUAGGAAGCAACAGCUUGUGCGAAAUGCUGUGGCAAGAAUACUGAUGGGAGCUUCUGGUUGAGAACAUAAGACACCAUUAUUAAAACAGCUACACUGGCUGCCUAUCUGCUGCUGAGCCAGGUUCACCGUUAUUUUAUUGAUUUUCAAAGCCCUAAGCAACUUUGAUCCAGGAUACAUCAAGGUUCACCUAAACCCUUCUAUUCUAGCUCGAACACCGAGAUUAUCUGCAGGAGUAUAUUUGUGUGUUCCUUGAGUUUGUGAGGCUGAUAUGACAACAGUGAAAAACUAAACCUUUAGUGUAAUAGGUCCACUCCUGUGGAGCACCCUGCCAAUAGAUAUUUAGUGGGAGCCUUUCUGCAUUGCAAGUGGUUGGACUAGAUGACCCUUGGGGUCCCUUCCAACUCUACAAUUCUAUGAUUCUGUACCAACUUCUAAGCACCUGCUAAAACCCUUCCUAUUCCACCAGGCCUAUGCAGGCAAUUAAGAGUACACCCCCCGCAGUGGUCUAUUGAUCUUUGUUUUAAUUUAUGUUUGCUUUUAACAUGUUUUUAACUUUUUUAUAAUAUUAUUGUUUGGUUUUGUUAUAUUGUUGCAAACUGUUGUGAUUUAUCUUUACGAGAUAGCAGUAUAUAAUUUUUUAAAUAAAUAAAUAUAUUGUAUGCCAUUUUCCCACCACAUAGAUGUGCUCAAGACACCUGUUUUUUUCUUCUUCCCUGGUUGGCAUUUGUCUAUCUUCGGAAGCAGUGGAAGACUGCACCUUCAGGGGUGAAGUCAAACUGUUGGAGAGCUGUGGCUAUACAGUCUGAUAUGGGAGAGACAUGUUUUGUUGCAGCUGGGACAGAUGAAGGUGUCCAGUUGUGUUGAUGCAGCUGUGCCAUGGUGUUUCUUCUCUCUGUGCUCCUGCCAGUGGUCAUUUUUCCUCCGGUCUGUGGUGUGGAUACACAACCUGACUGAUUGUCUCAGGUGCUUGUGGUCAUCUGCAAGUGUUUCCCACAUGGCAGGGUUAAUGCUGCCAGCCUUUAUGUCACGUUUUUUGACAUCUUUGUAACACAGAGUUAGUCUGCCAUUGGGGCUGGAGCUUGAAGCCAGCUCUCUGUAGAACAUGUCCUUGGGGAGCUUGCCACUUUCCAUUCUGUGGACCAAACCAGCAUAGAUGUUGCUGAGACAGAAAGCAGCUAGCAUCACGGAAAGCACAUAGUAAACAGUUUGAACCCUCAUCACCAAAAGUUACAUUACAAAACCUAAUGGAUGUUCACAGCUUGUGUUCAUAACCAUGAUUAGCAGGGUUAGCGUUGUAGGUCCGGUUCAAUUUAAUCCUCUGCAUGUUUGUUUAGAAAUGCAGCCAGUUACAUUCAUUGAUACUUUCUUGCAGAAAAAUAGGCAAAGGAGUGUAGCCUCAUUUUCUCAAGUGCUUUUUUUGGGAUGUUGGGGCCCUUCUAUUGAUGAUGUACAUGCUUGCUUUGAUGUUCCAACAGAAAGUGAAGCCAAAGAGUUAUUCCAAAGGAACCUAAUGUUCCUUAUCAAAGCAGAAAAGAAGUAUGACACUGUCCUCAUUAGAAACUGAUUCAUCAGUAGCCAUUGGUUGAUCUGCUAUUUACAAUACAGAGAAACUGGCAUUCCCAUCUAACAAAGUAGUCAGAACUUUUAUAAAUUAAAUUGAAAAAGUAAGGUCAUGCUCUAUGGGGAUCUGGCUUCAGGCAUCAGACCCAUUGGUAGACCAACUCUGCGUUAAAAAGAUGUCUGCAAAGGCAACAUUGUGCACCUUCAGAUGUAAAGUUGAACUGUUGGGGAGCUGUGGCUGUACAGAGUGAUACGAGCGAGACAUGUUUGGUUGCAGCUGGGCCAGAUGAAGGCACCUGGUUGUGCUGCUGCAGAUGCACCAUGGCAUUUCUUCUUUUUGUGCUCCUGCCAGCAGUCAUUUCUCCUCUGUCCUCUGGUGUGGAUACACAACCUGACUGAUUGUCGCCAGGUGCUUGUGGUCAUCUGCAAGGGCAUCCCACAUGGCAGGGUUAAUGUUGCUAGCCUUCAUGUCAUGUUUGCAGACAUCUUUGUAACAUAGAGCUGGUCUGCCACCGGGUCUGGUGCCUGAAGCCAGCUCCCCGUAGAGCAUGACCUUGGGAAUCCUCCCAUCUUCCUUUCUGGGACAUGACCAAGUCAGCGUAGACGUUGAUGACACAGGAGUGCAAACAUGCUGGGAAUGUGGGCUUUGGAGAGCAUAUCUUUAUUUGACACUCUGUCCUGCCAGGUGAUGCCCAAAAUCUUCCUGACACAGCACAUGUGGAAGGCAUUGAGGUGUCAUUACUAGUCUUACUACCAUAAAGCAGUGUGUUCGACAUGCAAGCCUGGUAGAUCUUUAUUUUUGCAUUGGUCGUUAAUGUCACCCUCUCCCAGACCCUUUUGGAGAAGCAAGCCAUUGCUAUAGCUGCCUUGCCAGUAUGCUUGUCCAGCUCAGUGUCGAUGGAGAGGUUGCUGGUUAUGGUGGAGCUCAGGUAGACAAAAUCAUCUACCACCUCAAGCAUGUGGUCACUAGUGCUGAUGCAUGGCAUGCUGGCGACAUCCUGACCCAGGGCGUUGGUAAUGCUGAAUUCCAUGCAGGCUUGUGCAGAAUAGUUUCUGAGACACCGUAGAGCUUCCUUGGAGUGCACUGUCAAGGCCACGUCAUCUGCAAACAACAUCUCUUGGAUAAGACACUUUUGUCUUGGUGUGGAGAUAUGCCAGUUUGGACAGACCCCUGUCACUCCUUGAAUGGAUGUACACACCGUCAUCAGUUGAGCUCAGUGGAUUUGUAACUGGCUGACUGACCGAACCCAAAGGGUGCUCAUCAAUGGUUCCUCUUCAUCCUGGAGAAGAGUGACUAGUGGGGUGCCACAGGGUUCUGUCUUGGGCCCGGUCUUAUUCAACAUCUUUAUCAACGACUUGGAUGAUGGACUCAAGGGCAUCCUGAUCAAAUUUGCAGAUGACACCAAACUGGGAGGGGUGGCUAACACCCCAGAGGACAGGAUCACACUUCAAAACGACCUUGACAGAUUAGAGAACUGGGCCAAAACAAACAAGAUGAAUUUUAACAGGGAGAAAUGUAAAGUAUUGCACUUGGGCAAAAAAAUGAGAGGCACAAAUACAAGAUGGGGACACCUGGCUUGAGAGCAGUACAUGUGAAAAGGAUCUAGGAGUCUUGGUUGACCACAAACUUGACAUGAGCCAACAGUGUGACGCGGCAGCUAAAAAGCCAAUGCAAUUCUGGGCUGCAUCAAUAGGAGUAUAGCAUCUAGAUCAAGGGAAGUAAUAGUGCCACUGUAUUCUGCUCUGGUCAGACCUCACCUGGAGUACUGUGUCCAGUUCUGGGCACCACAGUUCAAGAAGGACAUUGACAAACUGGAACGUGUCCAGAGGAGGGCAACCAAAAUGGUCAAAGGCCUGGAAACGAUGCCUUAUGAGGAACGGCUAAGAGAGCUGGGCAUGUUUAGCCUGGAGAAGAGGAGGUUAAGGGGUGAUAUGAUAGCCAUGUUCAAAUAUAUAAAAGGAUGUCACAUAGAGGAGGGAGAAAGGUUGUUUUCUGCUGCUCCAGAGAAGCGGACACGGAGCAAUGGAUCCAAACUACAAGAAAGAAGAUUCCACCUAAACAUUAGGAAGAACUUCCUGACAGUAAGAGCUGUUCGACAGUGGAAUUUGCUGCCAAGGAGUGUGGUGGAGUCUCCUUCUUUGGAGGUCUUUAAGCAGAGGCUUGACAACCAUAUGUCAGGAGUGCUCUGAUGGUGUUUCCUGCUUGGCAGGGGGUUGGACUCGAUGGCCCUUGUGGUCUCUUCCAACUCUAUGAUUCUAUGAUUCUAUGAGCUGAAGGCAUGUGAGAGCACCAGGGAGAAAAAUAUGCUAAAGAGAGUUUGGGCAAGAUCACAGCCCUGCUUCACACCAUCCUUUAUCGGGAAGGCAUCUGAGCAUCAUACUGAGUCAUCAUACUGGGCGGUGCCGCGCAUCUCAUGGAAGGACACAAUAAUUUUGCGGCGCUUAGGUGGGCAUCCUUUCUUACUGAGCAGCAUGAAGAGUCCUUUUCCGCUGAUGAGGUCAGAGCCAGGCGACGCCAACUCUACGGAGCCAGACGACGUUAACCCUACGAUGACAACUACCGGAUCGGAGUCAAUCAGUCAGGUUGGGUACUCACAGUAGUGACCAGAGGAGGAAUGACUGCUGGGAGGCGUACACCUGCAUAGUACAACGAGAGGAUUGGUCCCUUUAUUCAAACACUUGUUAUACAAAAAAAUCACUUAUCCAAACAUGAGGAAUUAGUACCCAAUCCUCACUGUACACACUGCACAUUCAGAUAUCCAAACAGCUGGACCUGCGUGCAGUACUGAGUGGCUGGGGAAACUCAGCCAGAUGGGUGGGGUAUAAAUAUUAUUAUUAUUAUUAUUAUUAUACUCUAAAUAAAUAAGCAUCUUUAAAGAAGCCUUGCUCUUUUGUGUUACUGGUUAGCAACAGCCAUUUGGCCAGAAACCAUGGCAGGGGGAAUGGGGAGAUCAGACAAAUAAGAAAGCAUUCUUUCCCCCCUUGUUUCCUUUUGCAAAGUUUCAGAGGAUUUUCCUUGUUUUGUCAUCAGUUUGGGAUAAAAGUUACAUGGUCGGUAACGCAUUAGAAAUCUUCCCAUAGGAAUCAGUGGAAAUCAUCAGGCUCCAUGUGCAAAUGCUUGCCUAACAAACAAUUUCCUGAAAACACAUUGUGUUCGGAUAGGAAGCCUGCUUGUACUUCAUUCAGUAGAAAUGGUUGUCAGGGAUAGGAACUAUUACUUGAACUAAUUACUUGAAAAUUAUUUUGGAUAUAUUAUCUAAAUUUAAUCUUCUGCAUUGGGGGGAUAUUUUAUGUGUGUAUUAUGUUCUUAAUGCUGCAAACUAAUAAAAUAAAUAUAUUUUAAGUGUUAUACUUUUAAAUGUAAUCCAGGAAUGCCAUAUUUUGCAGUAUAGUUCAUGGGGUUCAAAAUGAAUUUGCACAAAUUUAGGAUUUAUUUUUCAUUACUAACAGUUCACUCCUAACCAUGUCUGUUCAGAACUAAGUCCUACUAAAAUCAUUGGAGCAUAUUCUCAGCUAAGUGGGUUAGGACUUUAGCCUAAGAUAGGCAUGGGUGUUGUAGUCCUGUUUUGAUGCACAGUGUCACUCUCUCCCCUCCCAUUUCAUUUGAUAUAAAUUGAGCAAACAAUUGAGCCUUAGCUGUCACAAAUUCAUGGUGGUAAAUAGCUACUAGUGAGUAUUUAUUUAUUUGUAAUAAUUUCUUACCUGUCCUUCACCAUAAGGUCCCAGGGCAGGUUACAGUAGAAUAUACAAUUAUAAAAAAAUAUACAAACAGAUAAAACCAUUACGAUUAUGAAACAAGUAACGCUGUUCAAAAUGGAACAGAAAAGUAAUUGAAUGCACAAUUGAUUUUCAAAUGACCUCUUACUAGUACAAAAGACAGUGUUGCUGUAAGGCAUUAUUACGUUUGGCAAAUGCUGAUGGCAACACCAUUUUGCAGGACAGGUGGAUUUGAAUUACUGAAUCCUGCCUUUUUAAUCAAAGUUGAUAUUUGGCAAAUAAAUGAUCAACCAAAGAUAAUUUAUGGUAAGGUUUUUCAUUUGCACUACUUUCAAGAGCAACAGAAAACUGGUUAUUGAAUAAUUAAAAUGUACUGUGGUCAUAUCUGACUAGAUAUAGUAUUUCUAUCUGUUGCUACUGUAUUUUCAGUCAUUAGAUUACAGGCAUGGAGCUUGGUUUUGUUCACCAUCUAAAGCAGGGCUGGUGAAACCUUGGGCCCAUUGGCCUCUACUUAGCCCUUCAACAGCCCUCUUUUUGCCACUGUUCAGCUGUGCCCACAGCCUUGUUCUGUGAUUUGAUGGCAGUUUGGUUGGCAUCCCACGUAAAUACCAUGAAGAUCUAUUCAAAUCUGUACCUUGGAUGCCUGUUUUUGUGGAUCUGUGAUUAUUCCUUUGGAUCACUGUAAGAUCACUUGGUGAAAUAUAUGAAUGUUGGCAGUUCAAACACAAACUGCAGAAUGGCAAUUUAUGUAAAAUCCUAUGCUGUUGCCUGUGUUCUGGUCUUACUUCUUUUCUUACAGCAGAAGGCAAUGCAAGUUAUUUUAGCUAUACUGAUUUUGCAGAGAAUCAUCCUGAAUUUCUUAUUUAUUUAUAGGUGGAUAAUUUGUAUGUCUCCUUCCUUUUUUCUUUUCUAAUUGCAGCACUAGGUUUCAUACUGGAUGCCUUCUGUUGUGAUUUUUUGAGUCUUUAGAUAAUUAUGUUGAAGAAAGCAGGGUAUAGAAAGUAUUAGGUUGGGAAGAUUUCUCACUAUUACCCGACAAUCCUAUAAUUGUGGCAAUCUGACAGCCAAUGUAUGCCAAUAUAACUUAAUCGGGAUUCUGUGCACUAUCAGCACACAAAAAAAACAGAGCAGAACAACCCUGCUCCCCACACCUGGUGUGCCCAUGGAAACACUGUCAACUCCCACCAAUCACAGAUUGGCAUGCCAGGGAUAUCCCCAUGUCAGCCAGGUGUGAAAGGAGCCAAUCUAAUGCCUGCUGAUGUGGAAACAGCACCAUGAUAUCACUACUCUGCACCACAAUCUGCUGCACAGUGUGCCUUGCAUAGUAGCAACCACUUGUUGUUUUUAUUUUGAUUACGGUAUAUGUUUUGUGUUCUGAUUUUGUUCUGUGAGCUGCUCUGAGACCCCCAGAGUGUAUAUAAAUUCAAUUAACAACCACCACCACCACUGUAUGGGUUGGAGGCAACAGGGAUCCUGGCAUACAUGGAGUUUGAAAUUUAAGGUGCAUCACCUCUUCUGUUGCAGUACAGGAGUUGGGAGUGAGGUCUAUGAGAGCAUGGGAUUUGUUGUAAAUCUGCUCUUCCCUCUGGGUGGUAGGGAUAUACUUGAUUCUCAUGACAUAACAUCAGGGCUGGGACUGGCAGAUGUAUCUCAUAGUAUGGCAGUGUAGGGGGACUUUAGUAAACCCUAAAGCUAUCCAGCUGUUGUAUCUAGGGCAUAUGAAUGUGCUCUUAAAGAUGUAAAAUUCUGGAAUAGUUGCCUUCAGGGAAUUAUGCAUUUGUAUGGAUCAUCAUUGGUUUCUAGGCAAGGUUGGAUGCACUUACAAAAUAUGUAUGAGUUUAAAAUUAUGGCCUAUUUGUGGAAAAAUCAGUCUAGCCUUGACAUCUAAAGUUUUACUUGUGCCAUCAUUUGGUCUUGUGUUUGUAAAAAACCUGAAUACUUUCCCUUCAAACAACUUGAAUGGUUUUUGUUUUGUAUUCAUAAUACAAGAACCAGUCCUUAGGCAUGUACCUGGCAGGUUAUUUUCAUUGUUUGCUAAGUGUUUUUGGAAUGAUAGUCUACAUGCUUUUGUCAUGCAAACAAACUGUACCACCAUUCUGUCUUCUGCACUAUGGUUUGUUCUCCUGACUAAGUGCUUUGGUCAGAAAGAGGUGGCUCCAGAUUUGACUGUAAAUAAUUUUGUGUCACAAUUGGAGGAUUCUUCUGAUGAACAGGGCUCUGCCACAAGACUUCUUUAGUCCUUAAGGUGCCACGGGAUUCUAUUUUUGUUGUUAGAACAAACUCUGGAGUUUCUGGUUUUGAGACGUUUGUGGUUGUAGCCCAAUGUCUGUACCAGUGUGGGAUACUGAGUUGCAUCAAAUAUAGGUGAGAAUUGGCAAUUCUGCUUGUCAGGCCCGUUUCUCUUCUCUGACAAACAAGGAACCAUGCAGCCACAUUCACACUAUACAUUUAAAGUGCUAUGAUACAACUUAACACGGCUUCCACCACAGAUUUUGGGAACUUUGGGAACAAGUUUGUUGCUAAGUUGUUAAAGGUAAAGGACCCCUGACAGUUAAGUCCAGUCACGAACGACUCUGAGGUUGUGGCGCUCAUCUCGCUUUACUGGCUGAGGGAGCCGACGUUUGUCCGCAGACAGUUUUUCCGGGUCAUGUGGCCAGCAUGGCGAACCAGAGCAGCGCAUGGAAACACCAUUUACCUUCCCGCCAGAGUGGUACCUAUUUAUCUACUAGCACUUUGACGUGCUUUCAAACUGCUAGGUUGGCAGGAGCAGGGACUAAGCAACGGAAGCUCACCCCAUCGUGGGGUUCGAACUGCCGACCUUCUGAUCGGCAGGCCCAAAGCUCAUGGUUUAGACCACAGUGCCACCUGCGUCCCACACUAAGUUGUUAGGAGGCCCCUAUUUCUCUCACAGAGUUACACUUUCCAGAGUUCCCUGUGAAGAAGGAUUGAUUGUUAAGCCACUCUGGGAAUUAUAGCUCUGGGAGGGGAAUAGGGGCUUCCUAACAACUCUCAUCACCCUUAACAAAACACAACUCCCAGAAUUCUUUGGAGGAGAAGUGUGUCAUGGUGUGAAUGUGGCCUGAAUUCUUUUAAAUGUUUUGAGAUAUCCAAGUCUCUUACUUCGUCACCUUCUUCCUUUCCUAUUUUUUAUCAUUUAAGGAAAUACAAUAUCCGUUUAUUCAUAAGCUGUUAAAAUACAAUACAUUGCUUAUUAUCUGUUGCCUGCAGAAGGUCAUCUGCAGGCUGGAGAUUCUAGAGGGAUGUAAGCUACUUCCUGUUUGGUGAUUGUAGCUUCUGCCUUUUCUUCCUUUCUCAAAGAAAAAAAAUUAAGCAUUAAAUGAAGUUUGAAAGUUCAGACCUAGUAAGAUGUAAACAUACGGUACUUACAGUUGGUGGGGGGAAUGGGGUGGAGAACCUUUGAGAACUCAAAAUUCCUUGCUUUCUUACUGCAACAAUACAGCAAGAAGUGAUUGCUUCAUUUACAUAAGAGACAAAUGCAAAACUUUAUUGGUGUGUAUCAUUCAAAGUACACCAUACUUUAGCUAACAUUCAUUCAGUUCUAUAAUGAACACAGAGGAGAGAUGGAGUGACCCAUUGCCCUGCUGGCAGCCUGUUUACUCUGCACAGAGUUCUGUGUUGCCUAUGGAUGCCAGGUGAGUAUUUAAAUCGGGUGGCGAAACUUUUCAGGUGCAGACCAGAUUCUUAUUUCCCCAUCCCUGCCAUGCCAAAUUUUACAGGUGGGCAGGGUUGCUCACUUGUUAGAUGCUGCAAUUUAUAAAUUUUGGUUUGUCCAAACAAGUUAGAUCAGAAGCCACGUUUCAAUACCAGCAUAGUGUUUAGCUGAGUGAAAGUCAUGGCGUGGAAGAUGACAAAUGCAUAUUGAGGACAUGUGUAUUUAUAUUCCCUCCCCUCAAUAUUACAUUAAGACAAGUUUUGUCAAUAUGGGAGGACAGAAAUAAAAAAAAGGACAUUUUAAGAAGGAUAUUGACAUGCUGGAAUUGUGUGCAGAGGAGGGUGACCAAGAUGGUAAAGGGUCUGGAAACCAAGCCUUAUGAGGAAUAGUGGAAGGAGCUGGGUAUGUUUAGCCUGAAAAAGAGGAGACUGAGAGGAGAUAUGAGAGUCAUCUUCCAACAUCUCAAGCGCUGUCACAUGGAAGAUGGAGUAAGAUUGUUUUCUGCUUCUCUGGAGGGUAGGACCGAACCAAUGGCUUCAAGUUAUAAGAAAGGAGAUUCAGACUAAACAUUAGGAAGAACUUUCUAACAAUAAGAGCUGUUUGACCGUGGAACAAAUUUAUUAGAUAUAUAAACCACAGAGAAGUGGUGAUGCACCAACAUGGUAUUUGAGUCCAGUGAGACAUUAUUUCUGCUGCAUUACCUGAAUCCUGUGAAAAGAAAGAGAAAUUAGAUGGGGCAAUGCCUGUUGUUUUAUAAUUUUAUUGGUCAAAAUUUUGGGUGCAUGGCCCAGAUAGAAAGCAUAUUUCAUGCAAAGGGUGAAGCCUGUAAAAAUGAGUGAAGACGAUCAAGUUUAUGUUUUAGUGGUUAGGCUGUGUUCAUUUACUUGGGAGUAAGCCUUUUUGAAAUGAGUGGCACUUACCUUUCAGUACAUAUGUUUAGAACAGCACUGUUAAAAUAUCUUUCAAACUCUCAUUUGUGAAUUUUCUUCCAAUAAACUUUCCAGUAAUGAUUCAGUAAUCUCAGUGGAAAAAUAAAGCAACAAGAUGAAAUAAAUAUUAUUUGUAACAUAGCCUUUGAAAAAUAGCUGUCUUCAACUCAGAAUGUAUUUUUGCUCCUGAACAUUAUCUUUAUGUAUUGGGGCUGAGGAAUCCUGAACUUUUCGCAGGUGCACUACCUAUAUGUUAGCAGCAAGCCUUCCUGAUCCUAUGUCAGCUUAGCUUGAGAUUGGAGGGGGGAAAUACUUUAAAACACAUGCACUUAACAAAAUGGUGAACAAUCAGACACCCAUGUCUGAUUGAAUUAUUAUUAGUAACACAAUAGUAGGAUUUCUAGUCCUUACUUCACCAUAAAGUCUAAAGGUGGGAUUGCAGCAAUAUGAAAAUAUAAUAUUAAAAUGAAUUAAAACAAUUUACAACUAUAAGAAUAGGGUCGGUCCAUAUAUAUAUUCCUUCAAAGGCCAGGGCAAAGAGGUGCAUCUUCAUCUCUGCCACAGGCUGCCAAUCAGGGACUGUCAACAAUGGUACCCAUUUGCCAUACAGACACAGAGGCAUCCAGUGAUAUCAGGAUAUUUAUCCAGAAGGCGUCACCCACUCAAGCAGCCACCAUGGCUCUCUCCAUAGGGUGGGAGGAUGGGAAGCAGGAGUUUGGAGUUUGGCUGCUUCUGCCUGGGUGGGACGUAAUUUGCACUCGCAUUUUGCAUGAUUGGCACAGAACUAGUUGGACAUUGUGUUAUGAUCCACCAGGGGAGAGUCUUAGGUUGCUCAAGUAUCCCUUUUUUUGCACACUUUGGCCUGCUUUUAGGACUAGGAGCUCAGCUCAGUAAAGACAUCAGAUUUUAAUAAUAAGGAAAUGGGUUUUGGUGGAUUUCCAGAGUGCACAUUCUGCAUCAACUUGUUAGGAAGAGCUUUAUCAGGUCAAAAUGUGUGUGGGGCUGUUUUGGCAGGGUAUGGGGCAGAAAGGAAGCACUAUUUGAUCCUUUGCUUCAAACCAUAAAAUGCUUUUUGCUGGCCCUGUAUAGUAGGAACAUCAGGCACCAGAUAAAAUUGCUUGGGGAUCAGAUAAAGCUGAUGAGCCACCAGUUGACUGCUUCUGUAUUUGACAUAUAAAAAUGUUAUUAAAAUUGGUUUCCUAUUAUUUGCUGUUUUUUAGUUUGUGGGCGGCAGCUCAGGAUAACAAUAUAAUCUCUGAAUCUUAAAUGUGGGAGAAAUCCCUUUGGUGUGCAGCUGGAGGAGCACUUGAAUUGCAGAGCAAAGGGUGGGAGGGAAGGAUAUCUAGGUGCUGCCUUUCUGACUGCUCAUUGUAUUUCCCCUUUUUAUCUUAAGUGCUGCAGCCUGUUUAAGUCAAAAGGGAGGCAGAGAAAGAGGCACAUGGAAACUGUCACGCUGCUGUUAUGCCAGUCUUAGAACAGAUCUGUUUUUGUUUUGCUAGCUGCGCUGAGAGGAAGCAUGGAAAGCAUGCUUUGCUGCUUUCUAAUCUAGAACCAUGGAUUCAGGUACACGGUGUGUUGGUGGCAGAUAGGUGUUUCCUCAUUUUACCAGCCUUAAGGGUGAGCAAAGUAAUGUUAUCUUUAGAGAGCAAGGAUAGAAUGGUGGGAGGAAGGAGAAGGGUAACCAGAGAUGGAUGAUGGGCGAGGGUCUCCCUCAAACUCAUUCACAAUUUUGUGUGAAAGCAUUCAAGGUAUUUCUCUAGGGUUUUGUGUCCUUUCAGCACUGUAUUUGUAUUUUUAAAUCCCUCCUUAAUAUAAAAUUGUGAUGAUUGACACAUGGUUAAUCACAAAAAUACACUACUCCAAGUAUGCAUUUCUUUGCAUACACAGAGCUGUCUCUUUUCUUGAACUGUGGCAAGUUUUUGAGCUCUGUACACCACUGGAACUAUUAUAGGGGUUGGGGAGGAAGUGGACCCGCUGGUCUUUCUGCUGAUGUAUUAGGAGCGUAUUUGAUCCUGCCAGCUUCCUUGUCGUAGUUCUAUUAAAAAAUGGAAUUGGCCCAGCAAAAUUCAGGACCAUGGAAGUGGGGAGGGAAUAAAGCCAGAUAACAUGGGGUUUGAGUUAAGUUAUAAAUGUAGCAUUUCACUUCUUUGUAAUAUGCUGCUGUUUAAUAGUACUAUGUAAUGUGUAAGGUUGGUUGUGCUGUUUUAAAUCAUGCUCUGAGUGAUUUAUGUUUUUGUAUAAUUGAUGGAUUAGGGUUAAAGAAGAUUUGGAUUUGGCUAUAACUUUUGUUUCUAGUAGUUAAUUAAGAUGACUAUUAGAAUUUUACGCACAAGUGUAAAGGCGGUCUUGUAGACCCAUAAGGCAUUUACAUUCCCCUUUUCUACCAAUGUAAUACAGUGCUCUAUUCUUUGACAGGUCUGAAUCACGUGGGUGAUUUUUACUGCAACAGCAGCACCAUCUUCUGGCUACAAAUGAUAUAUAUUUGAACCCCCCCUUUUGUUUCCCUGUACAGUUCAGUGAUACCUUGUUUGUCAAACGCCUUGUGACUCGAACGUUUUGGCUCCUGAACACCGCAAACCCGGAAGUGAGUGUUGCCAUUUGCAAAUGUUAUUUGGAACCCGAACAUCUGAUGGGGCUUCUGAUUGAGUGCCGGAAGCUCCUGCAGCCAAUCAGAAGCUGUUCCUUGGUUUUCGAACGUUUUCGGAAGUUGAAUGGACUUCCGGAAUGGAUUCCGUUUGAGAGCCAAGGUAUGACUGUAUUUUUUAUGAUGCUUAAAAAACCUCCAAACCUUUAUUUUAAGCAGUAGAACCAGGGCUUUGUAGAGGAGAGCAGAAUGAACAAAAUAAGGAGUCAGGUGGCAUCUUUAAAAAUAACAAAUUUAUUAUGGCAUAAACUUUUGUGGACUGUCUAUUUCAUUAGGUGCAUGAAUUGGCAUGUUAGGUACACACCUCACCGUAGAGACAAAUGUAAGCUCCUUUGCCAGCUGCGGACAACUUCAUGCAUCUUACGGUGGAUUCUAGUCCACAAAAGCUUCUGCUAUAACAAAAGAUCCUCCUCCUUUUCUCUUGCGACAAUCUAACAUAGCUGCUCCUCUGGAAACCCUGUGGGCCUGCCUGCUUUUCCAUUAACUUUAUCACCCAUAUUUCCGAGAAGAGAGACAGAAUGUGUCUGUCUCUCUUCUCGGAAAUAUGGGUGAUAAAGUUAAUGGAGAAGCAGGCAGGCCCACAGGGUUCUCAACCUGUGCAAACAAGCUUGCUCUUGGUUUUGCUUUUUGCGGGGAUGGGAUGGUAAUUUGUAUUGAAUAGUAUUCUACUGAGAGACAAAGACAAAGACGGAGAGAUGUGUAAUUGGUUGCAUAUGUUUUGCUUUCUUUAUCCUUCCAUUUCCCCUUACUGGUAAUACCAUAUUGGCUCGGAUAAAAGCGUCACUUUUUCUCCAAAUUCUGACAGCGGAAAGUUAAAGUGCGACUUAUAUUUGUGACCUUCCCUUUCCUCCAAUGGCUCUGGGGAGGCUUGGAGGCAAUAGGCAGGCUGCGCGACGUUGCCCCAUGCUCCCAGGCUGCUUUCUGGGGGUGGGGGGUGGAGUUGCAACGCUUUGCCGGCAGCUUCCCUCCUCAAGAGCAGCCCAGGAGCGCGCGGCAACGGUGCGCAGCCUGCUCACCGCUCCCAAGCCUCCCCCGGAGCCAUGGGGGGAGGAGGGGAAGGCCACCAGCAAAGCGGUGUGGCUCCCCCCCCCCAGCAGCCUGGGUAUUGUCUCCCCCCCCCCCUUCAAUUUUAAAGGUGCGGCUUAUUUCGGGGUGCGUCUUACAUUCGGGCCAGUACGGUAUGUCAUUCAAGCUGAGCUCAUUCCACUUUCCCCUUUGUGCUUGUUUAAGCUGCAAAAGUUUUAUUGGGAAUUAGUGAGGGAAAGUAGCUCAGAACAUGCGGCACACAGCUCACGUCUUCAGAGGCCAGCCUCUUCCCCUCCCCACCAUCUAGUAAGGCCCAGACUGAAGAGAAGCAAGUAGGGUGCCACCAACAUAGGUCAAGGCCUUAUGCUGGUGCAGCUUUGUUGACUGUUCAAGUUGGUCUCUGGCAGCCCAAGGAUACUGUGCACAGAUCAUUCAGAACACCUCAGAUAUAGGGGAAAAUCUGUGCAUAUGUAUACCGUAUUUUUCGCCCUAUAGGACGCACUUUUCCCCUCCAAAAAUGAAGGGGAAAUGUGUGUGCGUCCUAUGGGGCGAAUGCAGGCUUUCGCUGAAGCCUGGAGAGCGAGAGGGGUCAGUGCGCACCGACCCCUCUCGCUCUCCAGGCUUCAGGAAGCUCUGCGCAACCCUUGGGAGGCCGGCGCGACUUCACGCCGGGCUCCCAUGGGUUGCGCAGAGCUGCCUGCACUCCCAGGCUUUGCGCAGCUCUGUAACCCUAGGGAGCCCGGUGCGGCUCCCUAGGCUUGCGGAUAGCAGGCUGUUCUGGGGGCUGGGGUCGGGGGAAGCUCGGGCUUCCCCCACGCCAGCCCCGUGCCUGGGGGUGGGGAAUAAUUUUUUCCCCUUUAUUCCCCCCCCCAAAAAACUAGGUGCGUCGCGUCCUAUGGGGCGGUGCGCCCUAUGGGGCGAAAAAUACGGUAAUUUCAGCUUCUAAUAUUUGCAGUGCAGGGGGUCAGGCUAAUGACCCUUCGGGUCCCUUCCAACUCUGUGAUUCUAUGACUGCAGUGAAUCCUUCCUGUUUUUAAAAUAAAAUCCAGUUAUGUUUACAUGACACUGUUGACACCCCACCUUAAGAACUGCUGACUUGGGAAUAAAAACCCCAUACUUUCUCUCCCUCUACCCACCCAGUUUCUUUGUUCAACAUAUGGCUUGAUAAAGAGUCCUGGAAAACUGGAAUUUGCUCACAAUUUUGUGGUAUUUUUAUGGGUCCUAAUAAAAAUAUAUUGAAGGUACUAUGAUAAUCUUGGAUACAAAGCUAGUAUACCAGGAAAAAGUGCACUAGCUGAGCCUUUUCUCUGCUAUGGUAGCUUUCUGUAUGCAGGAAAUAUUUGUGUAUGGAAGCAUAUUCAAUGAUGUAAGAAUGAAAUGGUGCAACUCAGGUUUGUCGUGCCCAUGAGAUCUGAGCUGUGGGUUCCACAAGAGGAGGGAAGAUGAUGCACCCGAGUCUUCAUUAAAGAGGAUGCAUGACCUCCUUUUUAGUCUAAUGCAGGGCAAGCUACAAAUUGUGGUGUUGGGACGCAGUUUCUGUAAUAAAAGAAUCGCUCUUCCAUUAUCCAGCAGCAACAGACUAGAGAUCAUAGAACUCCCCUCCCCCUGCCAUGCCUGUCAUGCUACCAAAUACCUGCUUCUAAAGACUAAAUACUUAAGUAAUGCAUUAUCAUGAAAAUAAUAAUCUAGGGUUGCCAUAUUUCAGAAAGUGACAAUCUGGACAGAAAAGUUGUUGAGUUUUUUUGUUGCUUUUUUGGCCAAAGUUGUUGGCAAAAACGACACUGCCGACAUGGGCUGCCAUACGUCCAGAUUUUCCUGGACUUUUUGACGAUUUCCAACCAGACACUGCUUGCAGUUGCAGUAUUCCGGAUAUGUCCAGAUGUAAGGCAACCUUAUAUAAUCAUACAACCUUGACUGUGCCUCUUUCAUUCAUUCAUCUUGUGCUGCAUUCUUAUUUAGAUUCUAAAAGUGUUGUAUUUCUUCCUAGGUUGAAGACCUGUGUGGGCAUUUAUACUCAGAGAAGGUAAGCAGCCAUUAGGAUAGGUAAGAACUUCUUUAAAUGAUGAUACGAUUCUACAGUAGUUUCUCCUUUCCCAGCAGUGAGUUUGCACUCCUGGUAGAUAGGUUUGGAAACCAGAUUUGGCAUCAUUACUGACAGUUUCUAGGGUUAGUCUUGUGUUGUUUUAUUAUGUUAUGUGUCCCUGUCAUUAGGCAGAAUAACUUAUCAUGUAUACAUGGAUUCUGGUCUCACCAAGCAGCCAUUCUGAGGAAUCAUACCUACAAACAGGGACUGGGGGAAAAUUGGAUUCAGUUUACAUUUAAAGGCAAACUUACCAAAUUCACGCUUUCUGAAACAAAAAACAAACUAAAACUCAGCCCAGCUUUGAAAAGGGCACUUCUCUGAAUUUUUCAGAGCAGCUCUCCAGCCAAGUAAUGUGUACAAAAUGUAUAUAUUAGGGUAACUUCUGCCUAUGUUAGUGGAAAAUAAUAUACCAAAACACAUUGUAUUAGGGAAAAUUGCUUUGCAAAAACAUGCAUUUUAAGAGAAAUUAACGAGGAGAGGACUAUCAAAUGGCUACUAGGCGCGAUGGCUAUUCUCUGCCUUCACAGUUGGAGGCAGCAGUGCUUCUGAAUACCAGUUGCUGGAAAUGAGGAAGUGGAGAGGCUCUUGUGCGCAUGUUCUGCUCGCUGGUUUCCCCCAGGAUGCUGCACGAUAUGGGCCAUUGGCUAUUCUUGUCUUCUUAAAUCUACACUAAAAUGCUGGUGAAUUUUCAUGAGGAUUUUAUCACCCACCCCACCCACCCCCCACGAAAAAGAGAAAUUGCAGGCUGUUGUGGAAAUGUGGAGAACUGAAAUUAAGAUUGGAAAAAACUAGAAACUAAGAGAAACAGAAAUUGACACGUUCAUCCAUCCUUAGUUCCAGAAUCCUAUGCUAGUCUCGUGUAGUCAUCAGGUAGCCUGUCAUCCAGAAGACCCUGACUUUCCUGGAAGUGAUCCAUGCUGGAUUUUCAUGGAGAGAAAAUGACAAUAAUGAGAUUUAUAGAAUAACAGAAUAUGAGUUGCCGGUCAUGCCAUUGUUCAUUAACUAUUGUGUAAUGGUGUAGCAAAUAUUAUUAUUAUUUAACUAUGCCAAAUAGCUUUGUGACUCUUCAAGGGGUACCUAUACCAAAACAUACAUGAGAAAUCCUCCUUCUACUCUAAAGACACAUUACGCUUUUUUAUGUUGAUAAAAUUGCUUUUUUUAGUGAUUUCUAUUUAAAUAGGCAUAGGAUUGCAUUCAACUAGGUUUUACUCAGAAUAGAUGCAUUGAAAUGAAUGAACAUGACUAAUUUAGACCCAUUAAUUUCAUUUUGUCUACUCUAAGUAAAUGAAUACCACCCAUACAUUUUUAAAGAGUACUGUGCAUAUUUUGUUUACUUAAAGGUUGACAUAUCUUUAUAGAGCUCAGUGCUGUCAUUUAUCAUCUAGCACGGUGUUUUUAAAAUCCAUUUAAGGUUGCCUUGGCAUGCUGAGGCUCAUGGUUAGCUAUAAAUAAGAAUCAUGAAUCUGUUAUGUUGGGAUGUAAAAUGUGAUGACCUCAUAGAUGGAAAAGGCAACAGAAAUCAUAAUCACAAUAUAACUUUUGAUGCAAUUAGACACUGGAACUGCAAUUACCUCAGCUAAUUAUCUCAACUAACUAGCAUAGGUUCCUGCCAACCUAGCAGUUCGAAAGCACGAAGUGCAAGUAGAUAAAUACCUUCCCGCUCCGGCGGGAAGGUAAACGGCGUUUCUGUGCGCUGCUCUGGUUCGCCAGAAGCGGCUUAGUCAUGCUGGCCACAUGACCCGGAAGCUGUACGCUGGCUCCCUUGGCCAAUAAAGCGAGAUGAGCGCCGCAACCCUAGAGUCGGCCACGACUGGACCUAAUGGUCAGGGGUCCCUUUACCUUUACCUUUAACUAGCAUAGGUAGUAUAAGAAAAUAUAUUUUGUAAGUGUAAGGGGCAAGCUACAGAAGAGCUUUCAAUUGUAAAUAUAAAUAAUGUUUUAGUCAUGUUGCCCCCUAGACACUCAGGGUUGCUAUUCUUAAGCAGAAACGAUUCUGAGCACAGUUUGAAUGAGAGGCUGCAGAAUUAGGUCAGUAGUCAGUCAGGCUGAAAAAGUUUUAUCUGCUCCCUUGGCAACAAGAUUAAAUCACUUUCUUUGCAACAUAUAAAGUAGACUUUAUGCUGGGACAUCAUAUAAGUGACUCUGUCCAUAGGAUACUAAGUGUAGUAAAAAUUUGUCUGCAAUUAAAAACCUCUGCAGCACUCACUUCACUGGACAGCCUUAGAUAACUUUGAAUGGACCUACAUUCAAAUCUGUGAGGCUCGACUCUCUGUUUAAAGCCUUUUGCAGUAGAGUUUAAUAGUUUGCACAGCAAUAGAGCAGGGAAUAAGGCUGUUAAGCCUAUUUGGAAUCCUAUCUGGGCACCUGGGAUUUGCUACCCUGCCUCUCCCCUUUUCACUAAUAAUCAGACCAGUCUUUUAUUUGAGCAUAAAAAGUUUUACUUUUUUUAAUGCAGUGUGAAAUAUAGAAAUAGGAACAAUACAUCUUAAAGCAAAAUACAGAAAUUUGCAUGAGGAUGUUUUAUGUGUCUGCAGUGCAGAUACCCCUGUCCUUCCAGACUGGAAGUCUACUACUUGAAAACGGCAAAUUGACCUUUUUAUUUCUCCCCCUGGAGAGAAGAAGGUUCUCAACCAAUCAGAGCCUUGCAGCCUGCUCAAGACUGUAAAGGCCUUGUAGUUCUUAACCCCUUGGUUAAUGGCAGUCUAUGUACAGUUAUAUUCGUCAGCAUUAAAUUUCCCACAAUAGUAACAAUUUCAUAGCAACAUAGCAAAGCAUAGUUUCUCUUUUUUCUCUUAGGCUUACCAUGCCUUUAUGUGAUUCUAAGCCUAUCUCUUCUGUGUAUCAAGCUUUGUAUGCUUUGUAAUAACCUCUGCGAAUGGACUGUUUUUCUUUAGCUGCACUUUAUUGAAAAUACAAUAAAAAUACUGUUCUAAACAACCAAGGAUAGGCACAGUUGGCAUCUUGCCGCAUAUGACAAGAAAGUACCCAGUAUGGAUGUGAUAUAUUGCUAAUUGUCUUUAAUGCAUGUAUUUUUCAAUAUCAGAUAAUGAUCAGUCGAUUCAGAGAUUCAAAAGUCACACAUUUGGCAGCAGUGGCCCUGGCACUGGCUCAGCAAAGAAUUAGGAAAGCAGGAGCAAGGAAGGCAGUGUAGCUCUGGGCUGAUCAUGCAGUCUGCUUGGUAUAGUGUAGGAGUUUCUAACUUGUGGCCUGUGGGCUAUAUCUGUCCACCCAAAUGUGAUUUUGUGCCCCCUCUUCCCCUGUUGUCUUUAUUUAUUUAUUUAAAUGGUGCUUCCAUUGUUGUGGUACACACACACACACACACACACACACACACACAUAUAUAUAUGACAGUUCCAGUGCAUCCCCUUUUGGAAGGCAGCUAACAGCCAUUCUUGCCACCACCACUUCAGCCUCCAGAAAGCUGGCUGUGGUUCAUUGUGGCCUUGGCCUGGAGAUGGUUAGCUGCCCCUUCCUUAAUGGGGAAAUCUCAUGUAAAAAAAACCCUACCCCCUUUUUUUAAAGAAAGUGUGGGAUACAUAAUAAAUUCUUCAAGCUGGAUAAAAACAGGUGGUAAAUUGGAAAAUUAGCUACUUUGGUCUAAUUCUUAGACAUCUUAAUCACGCAAGCUGAAACAUUCAAAAUAUACAGAUAACUAAGAUUCCACAUUUUGUCUUCCAGAAGGAAACUCUCUACACCAGUAUAGAGGCUGAAGAACUUUUUCACAAUGGACAUAGAUGAUGAAGAGAAUAUGAGUAAGAUGUUCAUGUUAUACAGUGCUAAACCCAUUACUGUUUCUGCAGCUGCUUAGUGCUUGCCCUUUUCAAGUCAGUCACCUUUUGCUUCUAAUCCCGCCUGACAUUCAGAGGAGUUCCCUACUUUUAUUCUAUGGAAAGAGUUAUGUUAUAAUAAUUUGCACAGUCCUGGAAAAAGAAUACUGAAUUACUACUGGAAUUAAUGAGUUUUAAAUGCUUCACGUGCUUAGGAGCUGUUGUCUUCAGUGGGUGUGCAGGCCCAACGGUAUGCAUGUUUACUCAGAACUAAGCCCCACUAAGUUAAGCCCAAGGUGGUAGUCCUAGACACAGUUUCCUGAGAGUAAACCUAACUGUAUUUGAUGUGGUUUACUUUUGAAUAGAUGUGCAUAGUCUUGCUUAAAUUUCUGUGGUCACUGAGUCACACCUUUUUAUAUUAUUGUUGACCUUCCUAACUUUCAUCCUCCGUUCCUUUAAGUCAGUUUUCACUUUAAAAUGCAGUUUCUAGAAUAUCUAAGAAUAUUGGCUAUAGGAGUGAUGUCAUAGCAGAGCUUCACUACCGUUAGAAUACAUGCUCCUGAGUAAUGUGCAUUGAUACCUGGUUCCUGCUUACCUACCACGGCAGACAAGGUAGCAAUUUUUCAUGGAUGCAUAUGUGAAUUUCCUGCCAAAAGUAUUAGGGUUAAUGAUCCCUUCUUAUCUGCCUUUACUACUAAGUGCUAAAGUAUUUGUGCUCAAUGCCUGGGCAUGUAAUUAAAAUGUGCACCUGCAAUGGUUUUGUGAAACCAGCCAGACUUCAGUAACACCAUAUUUUCAGUAUCGUUUGGGAUCACGAGGUGGGUUUUUAUACCCCUUUGGUUUUUUGGCUGGUUUUAGCCAUUUUAAAGAUCAUAGCACUUUUCAGCAGCUAUGAUUAAUGUCAUGAUUGUUUCUCUCUUUUUAUUCUGGGAACAUUUUAGCUAGCAUUUUCCUUCUUGUGGAAGUAUGGCAUAGAUGCAGCCAUAGGUCAGGCACCUCCCUUGCUUCUGAUGUAUAUCAGCCUUCCAGAUCGGAGAAGGCUGAUACAGAUGAGCAUAUGUGAAAAAGAAGGAAAGCAUGUUUAACACAUGGCUUGGUUUGCCCAGUUUUUGAUAGACCAAUAUUCUCAUAUAGUGUAUUAUACUCCUUUUGAUUUGUUGACCCUCUGGGUUUCUGAACACACUCAAGUACUGUGCCCCCAUACUGCUUUGAUGUUUGAGAUGUGUUACUGGGCUAAAGUGGAUGGGAGAUUGGGAGGGGAGUUCCCUACUUCUGAGUAGACUCCAUAUGUCAGUAGGACUCCCGCAAGCCCUGGCUUAGGUGACAAGCAGGUAGUGGCAAUUAACACGAGUGUGUGCCUGUUGCCAGUGAGUUACCCUACUUAGUGGCACUGGAGCAGGGUGUCAGCAUUUUAUCAUAUAUGCACUUCAUUCAUCUGAUGAAGUGGACUGCCCUCCAUAAAAGGUCAUGCCAUAAUAAAUUGGUUGAUCCUUAAGGUGCCACAAGACUCAUUGUUUUGUCUGCAAGAGACUAACAGGACAACCUCUCCGGAAAUUGUAUACCUCUUUCUGCUGCCAACCAAUGUUGCAUAAUUGUUAAUACCAUAGCAAUCCUGUCUCCACCAUGCCAUUUUUGACUUUCUGAAAAAGCCUAUUGUCUAUCUCCAGCCUGAGUCUUUCUCUUGGGGAGAUAAUUCCCGUUUUUGCAUUUUAUUUGUCUGUACAAUACAAGAGAGAGCAAAAAUAUACUGAUGAAGAUCCAAAGAACCACACAAUUAAUUCUACAAACCCAGGGAGUUUGCGGCCUGUGUAUUGUACACAUGGUACACCGAAGUGAAGAGAACAAUUCUGCGAUUCUAUGACUAAAUGCUAACUGUUCAAAAGAAAAAAGAAAAAAAUCUUGCUAGGCAUUGCCGCUCAAUAUCUCUUCGCAUCUUGGUCAUUGAAUAAAUAAGGAAUCACAUCUCUGUAUGAUUGAAGACUGUGGAUGAUGUGGUUAUGCAUAUUGCUCUUGAGUUGAUGAAAUAAGAAAUACCAAAAGUAUUUCCCACACUUUGUGUUUUUAAAAUGACUAUCUUCAUUUAUAUGUAUUUUCAUUUAGUGUAUUUUUGGUCUCUGUGGAAGCAGCCCAGAGUGGCUGGGGAAACCCAGCCAGAUGGGCGGGGUACAAAUAUAUUAUUAUUAUUAUUAUUAUUAUUAUUAUUAUUAUUAGACAUUUUCAUAGACUGCUCCUGCUUUAAUUAAUUCAGUACCACAUUUUGCACAUCCCUUGUCUUCUAUUUAAGGAUCUAAAGGAUGGGAUGUACCCCAAAAAACCGACAAGAACUGUUUGAAAACAUCAUACAGUUAUGCUGUCAUUUUAGUGAUUUGACACUAGAGCUCUGGCAAUUAAUAUUGCUCUGGUUGCAAAUCAAAUGGCCAAAAAUUCACAAAAGCUCCUUUUUGGAAAGAAAGUGUGCGGCUAAGCAUUUUUGAAAGCCUCAGCACUUAAUAAGAAAGAAAAGAUGGAGCAGUGGACUUUAAAAAACUGAAACCUAUAAUGUCUGAAUUUACAGUUUUCAAAUGGAAGUUUAUGCUUAAUUGGAAAAUGAUUUUCAAGAGCAAAUAUUUCAACAGGCUGGGUAUUUAUGUUCCUUAGCUUCUUUCAAGGACUAGCCCUUUUUGCGAAUGUUCUGUCUUCAUCAUUUCAGGACUGGUUAACGAAAAGCCUGCAUCUUGAACAAUCUAUUUUAUAAAUUUCUCUAAGGAACUGAAUUGCUUGUUAAUCUGGUUCCGAUCAUGUAUGCUUGAAGGGGGAGGUUACUUGCAAAUGUGUGUCUCUAGGAUCAUCACCUUACACAUCAGUCUUAAAUACAUCCAUCAGGGUGGAAUAAAUCUGCAUGCCUGAUCUGCUGCUAUUGCCAUGUUGCAAAUAAUAUCAACCAUGUGCUUAAUAGCAUUUUGUGCAGACGUAACUGCUCUGAAAAGGCUAUGUCUGUACACAUAUAAAAUUUUCUAUUUGAGGUAAAAUUUAAGAUAUAACAGAACGUGUUUCAAAGGAAAUAGUUCUUAAAAAUAUGAAAAACUAUUGAUUCCUUGAAUUUUAUUUGCCACUAUUUUACAUUUAUUUCUUCUUUUUAACCUGUAUGUUUCUAUCCACUCUCUUUUAAUUUUCUGUUAUUUUGAGCACCGAAAGGAGUAACUUAUCGAGCUUUUGCUGGAGGAUGUUAUAAAUGAAAAUUUAAUAACUGUUCCAUCAACUUUGUCAACUGGGUGAAGUGGUGUCUGUGUGCUUUUAAUUGUAGGAUUUAAAACAAAUUUAAAUAUACUUUCCAGAGCAACAAAUUUUGAAUCUCAAUCAUGCCUCCUCAAUGGUGUGAAUAUGUUUUAGGCAUCUGAGAUUGGGUGGGAUUCUUCGGCAAAGUAGAAUUUCUUUUAUGUUUAAUUGUAUUGCUUCAUGUUUGGCAUAUUUAAAGAAGCUUGCCAUUUGUAACAAAGUGUUUAGAAAAUUGAAUUUCUGUAUUACUACCGAGGCAUUAGUGUUUAAAAGUAUUAUGUCCAUCUAAUGUAAUGUUCAGAUAAGUAUUUUAAUAUAGUCAAAUAAGUUUACUGCCCCCAAUAACCUUUUUUUUUUACAUUCUGAAUAUACAGCUCUUGAAAAGUUUUAUGUUUAAUACAGGCAACUCCCGACUGACACGCAAUCGCUCACACAUGCAUGGAGCCCAACCCGGAAGUGACCCUAGAACGUCACUAAAACGUUACUAAAAGGGUGGAAUGAGGACGGGGCAGGGGCAGAAUGCUUUACGCGGGCCCCGCCGACACGCGCGGGGAUCUGGAACGUAGCCCCUCACAAAAUGAAGAUUGCCUGUAUUUAUGAUAAGGUGCCUAGUUGGUUAGUAGGACAGUUGGAAUUCUAGUCUUUUAGAAUUUGAAGUUUACAUAUUCCAUCUACCUGCUUCAAAGUAGUAUCUUGUUUAUUUAUAUAGUAGCUUUAUAUGUGACUGUGGCUGAGCAGCAGUUUGUAGGGGGUUCCAAUAGGAAAUGGCAUAUAAUUGCUGAUGAACAAGGUAUGAGAAUUUGUUUUCUGGGGGGUGGGGUAGAUUCCAAUAAUUGAUUAUUGCAGUGGGCUUGGGCCCAACUUUGGUGGUGAAGGGAGGCCCCCCUCCACUGCCGAAGGAAUCAUGGGGUGGGAGAAUUGAGCUGAAAGAAAAGUAUCCUCUCCUACAUGUCUGUGUGCAUCCUUCUACAGCCCCUUUGUGUCCAUGGGGUUGGGGUGGAGGCUCGGGUUUUCAAAGACCCUAUUUUACUGUUCCAUCCCCCCAGGUUUGUACCUUCAGAUGGAUGCUGAAAGUUACAAAUAGAUAGAUCUAUCUUAUCUUCAAGUCCACUACAAAAUCUGUAAUUGGAACACCUUUGCACAUUACAUGACAGUGAGAUUGUAACAGAGAACUCCACUGCAUAUGUUGGGAUUUGUGUUUAGAAAUGUAAAUAUCAUAAAUACUAUUUACUUAGAAUAUGUUUACCUGCUACAUGAUAGUGGGUUUAUAAGAAAGAUGCCCGCUGUAUAUUCAGGGAUAUGAAUUUAAGGGUGUUUCAAUAACCUGCCUCAAACAUCCACCCAGCACAUGAGGUUGGCCCUGUUCCAGCAUGCCACUGUCUUCUGGUCUGCCCUCUGGCAGCUGCACAUUCAGAAUCAAGGUGAAGGGACUUCCACGCAUGCAGGUGUCAAAUGCCUGUGAGCACUCAGUGUCAGGGACUUGGCUUUCCGCCAUGUUCUUGCUCCCUCAAUGUCUUUAGAGAACAUGUUCACCCAGUUUGCCUUCCACAUAUUCACUGCAUUCAGAUGUAAUGUUUCACCAUGGAGCACUCUGCGCAUGGGCUGGGAGGAGGACUUUGGGAGCCUUUACUUUCAGUUUCCCUUACUCAGCUAACCACAGACAGGGCUAUGGUGCACAUAAUGCUAAACAAGCCUGGUUCUUAACCUGUGAUUUGAAGUUUCUGGUUUAGAAACUUCAUUCUUUAGUGUCACCUGUGAACCAGCCCUUUGUUUAAACAGCGAUCCUGCAUUCAGCUUACUUCUGGAGUUGACUGCUCUGGAGCACCCAUAUAACAUGACUACCACAUAAAGCACAAAGCAGGUUUUACUGUAUAAGUCAAUAACUUGAAUGUUUGCAGGCAAGAAAUAGUAUACUCUUCUUUUCUCAAUAAGAUGCAUUGAGUUAGUCAUUUUUUUCAAAGGAAGAGACAUCUUCUUCAAUAUACAGAUGAGCAGGUGCCUCAUAUUACCUGCAUAGGUAAUCUUACGUGAUUGCCCUGUGGAUUCUGAUGUUUGAGGUUAAUUGGAUAUUAAAUGAAUGUAAAUUGGGGUUACAACAUGUUGCCAGUUACUGGCUCAUUUCUUUUUGCUUUAGAAUUAGGGAGGGUAAUUUAACAUAUAAAUACUAAUAGGUGUUUUGGUGCAGAAUUAAAACUUUUUAUCAGCAUAUGCCAAUAUCAGAUGUCUGAAUAUUUACUCAAUGUAUGUUUCUGAGUUGCCUAUUACAACUAAUAUACCUAAUAAAGAUAUUAAUAUUUGAGCACACAUCACUUAACCAGUUGCAAAGAUAGAUAAAGGAAUCUGUAAAUUUUACAUUUACAAGGUCCUGCAACGAAGGCAUUGUAAGUUACUCUUUCUGGGCACCACAGGUUCAGGCAGCAUUGAUGUUAAAGAGAACCGCAACAUGGACAACAUUUCACCUAAAGAUGGGAGUGUGCAAGGCGCCGGAGAGGGGAACCAGCUCUCCAAUGGUGGUGGCGCUAGCAGCAGGAAACGACCCUUGGAAGAGGGAAGCAAUGGCCACGCCAAGUUCCGCACAAAGAAAAGGAAGAAAACACCAGGGCCGGUCUUGCCCAAAAAUGCUCUCAUGCAGCUGAAUGAAAUCAAGCCUGGCUUGCAGUACAAGCUUCUCUCCCAAACAGGACCCGUUCAUGCCCCUAUUUUUGUGAUGGCAGUAGAGGUUAAUGGGCAGCUGUUUGAAGGCUCCGGCCCUACAAAAAAGAAAGCCAAGCUCCAUGCAGCUGAGAAGGCCCUGAGGUCCUUUGUUCAGUUUCCAAAUGCUUCCGAAGCACAUCUCGCCAUGGGAAGAACUCUUUCCGUAAAUACGGACUUCACCUCUGAUCAGGCAGAUUUCCCAGAUACCCUCUUCAAUGGCUUUGAAAACCCCGCCCAGUCUGAUCUUUCCUUUUAUCUGGAUUCCAACGGAGAUGGUUCCUUUAGCUCCAGUGCAGACUAUAAUUUGUCAUCUUCUGCGGCCUGUAGCCUUGUACAGUCGUCUCUCCCUACUCCAUCACCAUACCCCUCAACAAGUGGGAAGAAUCCAGUCAUGAUACUGAAUGAACUUCGACCAGGCUUAAAGUAUGAAUUUCUCUCAGAAAGUGGAGAGAGUCACGCUAAGAAUUUUGUAAUGGCUGUGUCAGUGGAUGGCCAAACAUUUGAAGGAUCUGGAAGAAACAAAAAACUUGCAAAAGCACGGGCUGCUCAGUCAGCUCUUGCAUCCUUGUUUAACAUGCAGUUGGAUCAAACACCAUCUCACCAACCUAUUCCUAGUGAAGGACUUCAGUUACACCUGCCUCAGGUGAGAAAACAUUUCCCUUUACGUGUUAUAAUGGGCUAAUGAGUUAAUUAAAAAAUACUGAAGUUACAACCUUUCAUUUUAACAGUGCAUAAAUAGUUUUUGUUGUAUUUGGGUUCCUUCAGUGUGUUAUUUCUGGCAGGGAUACAAAAUAUCCAGUUAGACUGUUAAUUCUCUUGUGUUUGAUGCUGUGAAUGGGCAGAAUAUUUUAUACUUCCUGAGAAAUUAAGUUAACCUAAUGUAUGAUUUGACUGAAUGAGCAGGUGAAGCAGAAUGCAGUAUACAUGAACUGCACAUCAUUGCAAUGCCACGAACUGUAGCAUUUCCCUGGCAUUAUAAGGUGACGUAUUUCCAAUGCAGCAGGGCUGUUUUGCUGAUGAGCCACCAUUGCUUUGUAUAAUAGCAGUGUGCUGCUCUGCAAAAAGGAGGUUCUGCUACACAGAACUGGAUAUACAGAGGCAAGGAUUGGUGUGACUUACCUAGGCAACAACAUCUUUUAAGGGCUAACUACACUGGUAUACUGCUGUACCUCUGACAUUAGUAGCAGCCCCCCUUUGCCUCCUCCAUACACUGGGAACUCUGCCAUCAGACCCUGAGGGCACCCCUUUAAAGUUCUCGCUCGAGGUGCAAGGCUGUCAUUUUCUUCUGAGGAAGAUGGUGAAGAAUCACACAUAGGCACAUUUCUCCCCCAACUGCUCACGGUGGAGUUGAUUAAAGCCACCCACCCGCUGGACCCUGUUAAUGGUUCAACCCUUGGGCAGUGCCCAGCCAUAUUUUUCCCUGAGUGCAAGGACUUCUGCCUGUACAGUGGAGCUUCCCUCCCACUCCUCUCCUCUUGCUCCCUCCCUACAUCUGCUCUGAAGGACUGAGGGAACCCCCAGAACAGAUUUAAGGAGCAUAUGUGGGCAGAGGAGAGGGAGAGGAAGUUUUAUUGCAUGGCCAAAAGUCCUUGCGCUAACAGAAGUUUUUAGUUGGAUACCACCCCUUAUUUUAUUCCAUGGUCUCUGCAGGAGACAAAUAUGUCCCUAUUCCUGACACUCCAAUGUUUGGGGCAGGUUUUGAUCCCAUUCUAACAAUGUCCAUAUACUGUAGUAUACUUUGCUCUAUUUUUUAUAGAAUGCAGUGCUACAUGCAAUUUUAUGAGAGAAAUUAGUGCUCAUACUUUCUGUGGUGCCACUCAUCUUCCCAUUGUAUGGCUACCUUGCCUUUGUAGAGGGGAGACUAGGGAUCCUGGAAGCAAUGAAACUAUGAGCAUUGCCUCCACCAUCUUGCUGGAUCAAGAAACUUGUGGUAGGUAGCAUUUUUAAUUCCUCCAGUUCAGUGCAGUGUUGCUCAUAGAUCUGUCUUAGCUGAACACAAUACACCUGUGCUGUCAAAUCAGGCCUCCAAAGGAAGCAUGUGGUGAACCCCACACUGCUCCGAUUCCCAAACCUAGCUUGCACAAUGCUGUGGUACCUGAGGUUAUCAGACAUCACUGCCUGAGCACCAUUAACCACACAUCGCAACUGAAGGUCAGAAAUAGGCAACAUGAAGAGAGAGAGAAAAUAAGCAACCAGGUUGACCAGUCAGAACAACUAAGUACUGGAAUUCGGGGGAGGUAGAAAGAACAAUGGAAAACUUACAAGGGUUAGGGAACAAGAUCCUGCAGGAGGGGUCAGUGGGAAGUGACGUUCUGAUGCCCCCUUCUAGAUCUCAUGGAGUCAGCUGCCAUGGGAGCUGUCUGCAGGCACUGCCUCCUCCGAUUGUCGUCUCAUUCUUCCUUCUGCAUACAUUAGCCACAAGUUUGGGAAUAUGGAGAGGCGAUAGCUGUUAAGUAUUUUUAUACAAACUCUUUGAAGCCUAUAAAGCUCCUGAUUCAGUUUGAAAAGAAUGAAAGUGAACAUAGGCCAUAUUGAUUUCCUGGUAAAUACCGUAUUUUUCCGUGUAUUUUGGGGAGCCCCAAAUUAAGAAAUUUAAAAAUUAAGAAAGUUGGGAUUCUUUGGGGGGAAAUUGCAAAAACAGUUGUUGAGCAUCUUUUGUAAGUUUGUUGAGGACUCAUCACGUACCCUUCCUAAACUGAGAAGAGCGGGCAAGCGGCCCCCUUGCCUCUGUCCCCUGCUACUGCCGCAGCUCCACCAGCCCUUGCUUACUUACCGCAUUAACCCAUGUUUUAGAUGACCCCCAAUUUAUCACGAAAGAUUUUCAAGAAAAUGGUCAUCUUAUACAUGGAAAUACACGGUAGUAUGUUAAGUGACCUUAAUUCCAUUUGUCACACUAUUUUUUUGUGCCCAUGCUAUAGCCUACGUAUGGCUGCUGUGAGUAUAAAUUAAGAGUGCUGUGUAAAUGGUAAAUAGUGUGAGUGGUAGUGGAUUCUAAACAAUCAGAGAGAAUUUACAUGAAGCUUUUCCACACACUUUAUGCUUAUGUUUUACCCCCCCCCCUAAAAAUGUAAGGUAAAGGGACCCCUGACCAUUAGGUCCAGUUGUGGCUGACUGGGGUUGCAGUGCUCAUCUCGCUUUAUUGGCCGAGGGAGCUGGCGUAUGUGGCCAGCAGGACUAAGCCGCUUCUGGCGAAUCAGAGCAGCGCACGGAAACGCAGUUUACCUUCCUGCUGGAGCACUACCUAUUUAUCUACCUGCACUUUGAUGUGCUUUCAAACUGCUAGGUUGGCAGGAGCAGGGACCGAGCAAUGGGAGCUCACCCCUUCGCGGGGAUUCAAACCGCCAACCUUCUGAUCAGCAAGUCCUAGGCUCUGUGGUUUAACCCACAGCGCCACCCGCGUCCCUUCCUAAAAAUGUACUCAGCCUUUAAAACAAAUUUCUCUAAUAUGCCGUAACAAUCCUCUGAUAUCAGGGGUGGGGAACCCUGCAGGCCUCCUCCAUCAGGUCUUGGGAGACUCCUCCCAGGUCCUGCCCCCUCUCCAGACACGCCCCCGUUUUCCUCAGGCCACACCCCUCACCACCCUUCCCGCACAUGCUUCUUGAGUGUGUUUGCCUGGUUGGAACUCUGAGGACUUGCUUGCCUGAGUAGAGGAUAGAGAGGGACGUGUGAGCAUGUGAAAACUAGCCUGCUGGACGGAGGUGAAACUUUUACUCAUCCCUCUGCCCACAUUUGCCUCUUGUCCAGCCUGCCACUGGCAUUUGGCCCCUGGAAAGUGGCUCAGAAGGGAAUGCGGCCCUCAAGCUAGAAAAGGUUCCCCACCCGUUUCACAUUGUAAACUUCUAUAACUAAUACCAAUUGUUUUUAUCCUUUCAAGAAUAUUAAUUUAGAGUAUUCCAGAUCAAUCAUAGAUUGUUGGGAAGUCCGAAAAUGGCCCAGUUCUUAAAGUGAGUGCUUUUUGUAUCACUUUUAACUAGGCUUAAAAUCUCCUGCAAAUUAAAUUUGAAUCCUGUUAUAACAGGUUUAUUUAGAAGGUAUAUUUAUGCAGCUCUCGCAUAAUGCAAGGGAUCCUUAAGGGUCAGGCAAUGUAAGAUUAUGAGACAGGAGAUCCUAGAUCUAAACCCUUCUCCAACCUAUUCCUCAAGCAACGAGGACUCUUCUCAGUUGCAUGUCACCCAUAAAUUUGUAUAAUUCUACAUACAAGCCACAGUUUACUGGCACUAUCACCCCCAAAGCAUACGUUUAAUUUGUACUCAGUUUAUAAUUCACUUUAAUCUCAAAAUCCUUAUUGCUGGUCUUAAUGUCUAGCCAAAGAGUUACCAUUUUAUGACUCUGUGUCUUUUUCUAUAUAUUUAUAUUUAAUAUGUUCAGCUUAUGCUUUAUUGUAGUCUGCUUGGCUUUUCAGUUUUCUGUUAUAUAUAUAUCUAUAUAUAUUAUAAACUUACAUGAUCCACCAAAGUAUUUGCAAUCCCUCCAAAUUUGGCAUUCUCUGCAGAUCUGGUUGCGGUACUGUUCACUCCAUUCAAGUCACUAAUGAAUGUAAUGAAUGAUAAUGGACUCAAGACCAACCUCAAUGGAACACCACUUGGUACAACUUUCUGGUUUGAAUUCCAUUAGUUCUUACCCUUUGAAUAUGCUUUACAAGCCAAUUAUGGAUGCAUUCCAUGGAAAUACCAUCUUAGAUACCUCAAAUUUUCUACAGAAGAUCUCAUAAUGAAGGCUAGAGCCUUGUUAAAAAUUGAAUGUUGUGCAUGCAGCCUCAUUCCCUGAAUUAAAAUUAUCUGUUCCAUGAUCAGCACUAAGGGCUUCCAUAAAAACACAGUAUAGUUUGUAGAUAUGCCUGAAGGGCAUGGAGAUAAACUCUUCAACACUUUGAAUCAGCAGUAGUUCGAAACAACAGCACCAAUCAAUUCUAGUAAAUAUUACAAAGAUUCCCUGUGAUCCUUGGAUGAACAGCAGUAUAGAACUUUAAUAACUAAUUAAAUAAAAAUACCAUACAGGUUUUUAAAUCCAUUUUGAAAUGUUUUAAAGACAGCUCUGUUUUGAUGAAUUAUCCAAUAUAUUUGUGUGAUUUUUGCAGGUUUUAGCUGAUGCUGUUGCACGCUUGGUGGUAGAUAAAUUCAGCGAUUUGACAGAUAAUUUUACAUCGCCCCAUGCACGCAGAAAAGUGCUAUCUGGAGUAGUCAUGACAACAGGUAAAAACAAACCAAAAACAUGCCUCCCCCACUGAUUUGGCCUUUUGUCCUCUGUUGGUUUACAAAAUAAAAUGGUAAAGGUGAAUGGAUAUUUACAUUUUAUAUAUAGUUUAGAUUGCUUUAAAAUAUUGAGAUCUCUUCAUUCAUAAAAUAGGAUUAUGAAAUUUAGUCCAAACUGCUUGUCUCUAAAUGUAACAGGUUGUAUCAAGAGGUGUUGCUCAGGUAGUGCUGAGGCUUCUAGAUGGUGGGGGAACAGAUUUAGAGGUGGGAGGAGGAAGCAUUGAAAAUGGCUUCUCUUCCCAUUUCACUGACAGAAUCCGUGCUGUCAGAGGAGUGACAUUUUUAGGUUCUCUCUCUACUCUCUCUCAGCAAAUAUUAGGAGUGUGUACUUGUACAAAAAACAUAGCUUUCAUUUUUAAUAAAAAAUCAUUUCCCUCUUGUGAGGCUAGCUCUGCAGCCUCUUCCUAAUGUUGAGCUGGAGUCUCCUUUCUUGUAAUUUGAAUUAAUUGGUUUGGAUCCUACACUCUGAAGCAGCAGAAAACAAACUUGCUCCAUCUUCCAUGAAUCUGGUGGUAUCAUUUGUACCCACAUGGAUCAGAAGGAAGGGGAAAUGGUCAUUGGACUUGAUGAGACUUGGCAGCCGCUCUGUCAAUGGUUCUCACAGGGACCAUGCAGCAAGACACUACAGCCCUCUCCCGACUUGUAGUCAGAGGCACGGCAGGUAGUGCACAUGCUGUUUGGAAGCCAUAAAAAUGGAUGGCCAUCACAAUAUCACGUGGUAGUGAAUUUGAUACUUUAACUAUGUUCCUUUUGUCUGUCCUGGAUCUUUUACACUUCCUCUUGGCCUCCUGCUUUCCCCUGGGGAAAACCACAGUUUAGCACUCCGUCGGAGCAAAGGGCAAUUGGAUUUUUUGCAGAUUGCCAUUAGUUCUGGGAAAGGAGUGGGGGCAAGGGCCGGAAACACUCAGAAGGUGCAGAUCAAGCAGAAAACUGCUCAGCCCUGUCCUUUCUCGGCACAGGACAAGCAGAAGUGUGGUUGAACCCUCAGCUGCGUUGAAUGAGCUCAUAUCCUAGUAUUAUGCAAGAGGGAGAAAAAUUUCUCUCUCUCUCCCUUUUAGUAACCAAUAACUGUAGGCCGGAGGCUGGAAUUUCCAGUUGAGGGUCUGAUCCUUUCUUUUCAUAUAGGAUGCCAGGUGUAUAUGGCUGGGCAUUGAGUGUUCAGAGAAUGUCUCUGGAAAGCAUUGGUUCUAUCAAGAAACCCAAUCUCACCGUGGUUUCUAGUGUUCUGCAAACAGUACCCAGCAUACAUUAGACAAGCACUCAAAAUUUAGCUUUUAAAAAAUUGAUUCCUAGCAUAUUAAAGUUGAUGAAAUGGUUUGUUUGUUUGUUUUUGUUAGAAUUGAAUCUUCUGUCCCGGUAAAGUAAAACAUUUGCUUUAAUGGUUCGCUAAAAUCUCUAGUGGAUUGAAAUAGAACCCCAAUUUUAACCUCAAACGUCAUGUGGCAGCAGCAGUUUAAAUCUGUUUAAUUUUUGUACAAAGCAGGUAAAUGAGUGGGGAGGAGGGUUUGGUGUUUGGAUGAAGAGGCACAUAGAAAAUAUUGCCGUUGUGGGUGGAUAGAGUCUCCCAACCUAGUCCUCUUGGCGUUUGUUGGCGGGGGGCGGGAGAGACACAGACAAACCAAGAAGAGGAACCUGCAAGACUAGAUGUCUGCUCCAGAAGAGCUUCAUUAAUGUGUUACCCCCAAAUUCAGGAUUCCCCCCAAACUGAUGCCAACGUUUUGUGCUACAAACCCAGCAUUUUGUGCCACCCCCAAACUGAAUAAUUGACACACAAACCACAAAAUGUGGGGUUCUGUAGUUUUUAAUACUUUGCUGAAUUUUUAUGUAGUUCCAGAGUUUUAAAGGCAACCACCCAAGUUUCAUGAACAGAUAUUAGUGUGACUUCAUUUCCACCCCAAGUAUGCCUUCAGAAUAUAUACGACUGGGAUGUAGCUGAAGGUCAUCUGCAGUAUGGUCCCCCAAGCCACACCUUCAAGAAAACAUUCAAGAAGGCUACCAUAUUUCACCAAACAAGUCUUCUAAAAAUAUCUUUGUAUGCUUUCCCUUUUAAAACUUGUCUUCCCAGGUACGGAUGUGAAAGAUGCUCAGGUUAUAAGUGUUUCUACAGGAACAAAAUGCAUUAAUGGAGAAUAUAUGAGUGAUCGUGGUCUUGCAUUGAACGAUUGCCAUGCAGAAAUUAUAGCACGUAGAUGCUUGCUUAAAUUUCUCUAUACACAACUUGAACUGCUCUUAUGGUAAGUUUAAAGAGCAAUUCCCUUGCAUCCCAGUUUUAAGCAUAGAAGAAAGUUCCAUUGAUCACAUUGUGCUUAGGAUUACAGUCUUGGGAUGUGAUCCUGUGAGCUUCUGUGAUGAUGAUGCAACUUCAGAUAAGUGAUGCCGGGGUCCUAAUAUCAGCAGAGAUGGAUAGCUAGUUGCCUUAUUCUGGAACAUAGAUAUGACACUAGCAUUAGUAUAAAUAUUUCUUUACAUCUUUGGCAUAAACUGUCCUGCAUUGGUGCAAUCCUGCCCUUUUAUUUUACAAAGAAUUCAUAAUGUGUAAGAUUUCAUAUUUAACAUAUGCUGAACUGACAGUUGGAAGCAUAUGGUUUGUUUUAUGUUGAAGUGUACAUUAAAAGUCAGAAUUGGUGACCAGAAGAAUAGCUGGAAACCCCUCUGAGUGGUUUAUUAAUUAUAUGAAACAAACAAAUAAAUAAAAUAAAGUGCAUCUGGGUGAAAUCUGUAUGUUUAUAUUGGUUUUUAAAAUAUCUGUUUCCUCUUGAGUGGCCCCCUCUGCUACAUCCUGGAAACUGCUCUUUAAUUUGGGGGCCUUAAAGUCUGUAGAGGCAAAAUGGGGUGAUCCCCUAUAUUUGGAGGGAAGCAAAAGUAACAGUCGUACUCAAACAAGGAAGGGAUGGCACCCCAGUUUAGAUGUGUCAACAAACCUCCCUCCUGAAUGCAGAAGGUAACAUGUUUACAUCCUUAAUAACCUCAAAGCUCAAAAUAAUAAGUGGCUUUUGUAUCAGUUAUGAUCAAAAUUUAUUUCAGAUAAACAGAUUGCAGAUAAUAUAUUCUUAUCUCUAAAUAUACUUCAUUACUGUAAACAAAAGAAUAUUUUGUCCACAGAAUUGUCACUUGGCACAGAGAGGACUUUUGUCUUGGAGACUGUCAUAAAAUUAUUAUGAGUUAUGCAGUUUGGCCCUGACUUCUUCCAGGCUUCUAGCUCUUUUAUGCCCAACCAGCUGCUCAGGCUAAUGUCAAUAGUAUAAGAUCCAAAAAGUUCCUGAUUCGGGGAGGGCCCAGAAAUGUUCUCUUUGGUCUUAUUCAAUAAGCCUUUUGGAGAGGCCAUUAGGCAGGAUGCAAUGAUGAAAAGAAUUAAGAUAGGUAAUAUUGAACAGAAAAGUAUAUGACAGUGAACAGUUUUAUACCUGACUGUUGCAAUAUCUAUGCCAACAUUGCAGCAAUUGAUUUACUACAUAGUGAGGUUUCAGAUCUUCCAAGUGAAUCACAGGAAAUUUGAGCUUUUGCUGAUUAAUCCCUCUGGACAAAUUAGGGACUUCAUUUAAUUACGCUUCCACUAUAAAUGGAUCAAUAAGACAUGGAAACAGAUGUAUAUAUUUGAUAUCUUAUUCCAUUGCCCUUGCAAAAGACAAAACAAAGCAAAACAACAACAACCAUACAAAACUUAUAACCUUGGCUUAAAUGAAAUUUUCAUGUUUGGAGCAAAUUGGACUUACCUUGAUUGAUACAAAACAGUGCUCUUAAACUGUAUAUCUUCCCACUUUUAUGUAAUGCCUAUAUUUCUCUCUGCAACAAUUUUUAAUGGAUGGAGAAGGGAGAACAUGGAUAAAUUAAAAUGCUCCUUGAGGUUGUUAGACAAAGGAGCUUGGACCCUACUUUGAAGCUUCACUCCUGAGACACAUUCUGCUAUAUGUGGAACCUGCUCAGCAAAGUGUUCAGCUAAGUAAGAAAAAGCAGUCCUAGACUCAGACUAUUACACCAUAAGAGUUAAAAUCAAGGGAUGGCAAACUAUGGGUCUUGCUUGUUGUAAUUAGAAAAACCAAAACACCUUUUUAAUAACAUUGUUGCACUUUGUUUCAGUAGUAAGGAAGAUCAGCAAAAAUCUAUUUUUAUCAAAUCAGAACGAAGCGGGUUUAAAUUGAGAGAAAAUGUACAGUUUCAUCUCUAUAUCAGCACCUCUCCUUGUGGCGACGCUCGGAUUUUCUCACCACAUGAAGCAGCGCAAGAAGGUAGGACAAGUUUCGCUAGUAAUGGGGAUGUUUGAGAGAAAACAAUUUAUUGAAAAUAGCUUUCGUAGUUUAUGAAAAUCUAGAUUGGCUUUUUACUGAAAAUUAAAUUGUUUAGUUUUCUUCAUAUUAUAAAAGCAACACUAUCUAGGAGGGCUAACACCUCACUUCCACUUCAUACAUUACAAAGAUUGUGGAGGAAUUAAUUUGUUAUGCAUCUAUGGAUCAUUUCAUCAUGGCUUUAUUGUUGCUUGUAAGCCAUAUUGGAAAUUUCAGUUUGAAAAUGGGAUAUUCUGUUAAAAUAAAUAAAAGGUUGUACCGGGUAGAACAGUGGGAAAUAAGCCUUGCAAAAAAGUAUUGGAUGUGAUUUUCUAUAAAUGAAGCACUCUAGAAGGUUUUUUCUAGUUCACACCACUUUUUUCCUAACUGCUGUCGUCCCAAAUGAGUAAUGGAAAAUAGGGCUGAAUUUUCUUAGAAAGCAUAGUUUUUCCUUGCAUGAACAGUGGUUGCUUCUGUCACUUAGAUCAGGGAGACAGACAUCCAAACCGGAAAGCAAGAGGACAGCUACGGACGAAAAUCGAAUCUGGGGAAGGAACAAUCCCUGUCAGAUCUACAACUACAAUCCAGACGUGGGAUGGAGUCCUACAGGGAGAAAGAUUGCUUACUAUGUCGUGCAGUGAUAAGAUAGCCAGGUAAACUGUUUCUCCUCUGUCCAGCUUCCAUAUUGCUAGAUGGAGGGUCCCCAGGUCAGUGACGCCAUGGGGGUCAGGAUGCCAUCAAACACCUUACUUGGCACCUCUUAAAGCCAAAAAUAAAAUAAAAAAUAACACCCUAGGGAGGAGGAAACCCCCCAAGGCGACUGGAGACUCAAUGGCACAGAAAAUCUGAAAGGAAAAAAACUGACUGCUAGGUGGGAGGGGAAAUUAAAUGGAAUGGUUGGAAAGAAAGAGGGAAAAGAGGCAACACAUAGAGACCAUUUCCUGCUUCAGACUGAGAAGUUGUGUCAAAAGUGUCCCCAGGAAGAGAAGUAAGAAUUGCCAAAUGAAAUUGAUUGACAGAUCCAAGUUUUCAAUACAACUGGAUUGGGGAGAAGUGUGACCCCGCCCCCCCAAAGCAAACAAACUCAAUAUCGCAACAAAGGGCUGAGUUCAUGCUUUUUCUUACUUAAGUAUUUAUCGUUGUUCUUUGUUAAAUGUAGAUGUUACUUAACACAAGAUACUUCUAGGUCACUUACAAUUAAAGCACAGCAUACAGUACUGUAAGAUGCAAAUACUGAAACUGCAUUAAUUAACAAAAUUCCAAUUUAAACAAAAGAUUAAAUGAACAGAAAAUCCCCAUUGAGAAUAUUAAAAGCACCGACUGUGAAAGCAGCUACUCUUAAAACUGCAGCUGAAAACACUUUGAGGGAAAGUUUUCACGUGUCUCCGAAGUCUAGUAAAGCAGACAAACUGCUGUUCCCCUUGUUGCUAUUCUCCAAAUUCAGCAGGAUGGGGCACUGAGGAGAGUCUGCGAAGAUGCCCUUAAAGGCCAGUCCACUCACCAGAAGAGGUGUUUUUUCAGGUAUUGGGUCCCCAAGCCAUGUUAAAAGCAACCUCCUGAACUGGGCCAGUCAGUGCAGCACACGAGGACGGGCUUAAUGUGCUUUCGUGACCUUUUCGCCAUUAGCAAGCUUUAGUGUGAAUCACUUUUCUAGAACAAAAAAAUUGUUGCUUUACACAUGCACCCAACUGGGAAAGGACCAUUUUAGCAAACAACUAGGUAUAUUCAUGCAAGGGCAAUAUUUUGCUUUAUGGAAGGGGGGCCCCACCUUGUUUCUGGAAGCAAGAACACAAAUCACUUGGUUGUGUGGAUGACAAAUGUUAGCAACCUGCACCACCCCACAAGCAUCAAAAUGAUGCAGAGGAUUGUAGAGCAAAGCCUGCUGGAUUUUCCGGAUAUUUAGCACAGUAAGGGUGGAGCCUAACUCCACUUACAUGGGAUUAAGCACCAUUGAUGUGCAUGGGAUUUACAUCUGAGUAGACAUACCGUAUUUUUUGCUCUAUAAGAUUCACUUUUUCCCUCCUAAAACGUAAGGGGAAAUGUGUGUGCGUCUUAUGGAGCGAAUGCAGGCUGCGCAGCUAUCCCAGAAGCCAGAACAGCAAGAGGGAUCGCUGCUUUCACUGCGCAGCGAUCCCUCUUGUUGUUCUGGCUUCUGAGAUUCAGAAUAUUUUUUUCUUGUUUUCCUCCUCCAAAAACUAGGUGCGUCUUAUGGUCUGGUGCGUCUUAUAGAGCGAAAAAUACGGUAGUUAGUAUUGUGCUCCUUUAUAUUAUUUAGAGAAAAAUUGUCUUGUUUUACACCUGGCAAUCCCUGAGACUGAUAAACAAAUCAAUUAGAGAACCUUGGCCAGUGAAUUAUGCACCAUACUGCAUCCUAUAGCUCCCUCAUUUAUUUUGUCUUUCAUGCACAGUAGGGAACAUAGGGACAGAAAGAACACAGAGGGCAGUGUGGGACAUAGAGGGGAGUGAAAAAGGACUAAGAGGACAAGGGAAAUAAACCUAGUGCAGCACUGAGAUUCCCUUUUAAGCCUCCCUUAAGUACUUGUAUUCAUGUGUUUAAGUUAUAUAUGCUUAGAAGAAACUUCUCUAAAGGUUUUUUCCAAUUUAAAGAAGGUAUUGUGUCUACAAUGAAGUUAAUAUUGAGAGGCAGUGUAAUCUAGUGCUUAACUCAAACUAAAAAGCAGCCUGGCAAAAGCCCCCAAGCAGCUUAGCCCUCCCAGGCCCAGAGCAAGAGUACCUGCCCUCUCCCCUUCAGAGGGGCCUGGGUGCUGUAUUCAGAAAGUUUGCAGACUUGCUCCAUUUUUGCCCAGGUUCAACCUCAUCAGUGGGGGAAAGUGUGACUAGGCAUGACAAAAUGAUUAAAUAGAAAUUGGAUGUACAGUUGCUCACAAGAGCAUAAAACUCAGAUAAGCUUUACUGCUUGGGCAAAUGCUGAGUUUGCAGGUAUCUUUCACUUAUACAUUUGGGAUUAAGGUGUGACUGAAAACACUUGGGUUUAGUAUUGAUAGGCUAAAAUGUUGGGAGAAGAGAUAUAUCCUCUCCAUGUAGGUCUCCCUGUGGGAAUGUCACCUGAAGGCAGAGGGAGAUGGGGCAGGGGGAGGACAGAUAUGUUAUUGGUUUGAGUUUGUUUGGGAGUUAAGGAGUUUCAGUGAGCGAGAAUAAAGAAAGAGAACUACUCAGUGGGUGUAUGCCGUGUUAUAUGAAAGCAAAUGUCUUUUCUCAAAAUGCAGUGGACAAAUGUUGGAGGGACGGUGGCUUGCAUUGUUUAUUUGUUUUUGUUUACUGUAUUGAAACAUUAAAAUGUUUGAGUUGAAUAUAAAUGUGAGGUGUCUAGCCAUGACCGUAGAGCAGAGACUGAGCUGGAAGGUGGCUAAAAGAGCAAUGCAAAUGUAGUAUUCAUUCAGGAAGCUUAGCUGGUGGGUGUCAGAAAGGUGGAAAACACCCAGAACUGUAUACAAUGGGAGUGGGGGAAUGGUAUAGGGCCCUGGGAACUUUGAAAUCUGGGGUGUGGGGUGGCAUGUGGUUUGCACAUCACAAUGUUCUGAAAGAUUAACACGGGGGCUUUAUUUUUGUCAAAGGAUAUAUAAACGGGGAAGUGGUUGUGAUGGGCUCAAUUUAUAGUCCCAGAACUGGGCCAGUGCAAUUCCUGCAAAUGAUGGUGCAUCAAUUGGAAUGUAAUACUGAGUGGGGAUUUGAACCUAGUCCCUGAUACUCAAAUGAAUAGAACAGCAGAUAUUCUAAACAGGAAAGCCAAGGGGACAUUGGGCCCUUACAGCACUUGUGCUAGAAUCACCUAUUUCUUUCACCUGUGAUGACCUUUCAGCAUCUCCCAAACGGCUAUUUUUCUUAUCCAUUGAGGUCUACUGGUUUUAAAUUAUUUUAAAGAUCUGCUAGUGUUUUAAAAAGUAGAAGCAAAUCCUCCCUCUGCCUCUUCUGUCAGAGGGAUGCUGCUGCUGUUUUCUAAGCCUUGGCUUAGAACAGCCUGUAGGCUCUAUGUGAGUUGCAGAAUGAUGGCCCUUUAGCACUGUUUGUUGUCACUCAGCUACCUUCGCUAGGCUUCAAAAGGGAUUCUCUUGCCAUUAGACACAGUGAAGCACAGCUAGGGUAGGAAGCUCACCCUGACACAUCUGGUGCCACCACCAUUUUUGCAGGGUAUCUGCCCCACUCUCCUAUAGUCACUCAUAUUUUUUUUGUUUUGUUUGUAGGCCUAAUUCAAAAUGGUGUCAUUUGUUUCCCUUUAGAUGGAACGUGCUUGGUAUUCAAGGAGCAUUACUUACCCUCUUUGUUGAGCCAAUUUACUUCUCUAGCAUUAUCUUGGGGAGCUUGUACCAUGGAGACCAUCUAUCCAGAGCAGUAUACCAGCGAAUAGCAGAGAUAGAAGAUUUACCCCCUCUCUAUAUACUCAACAGACCUUUACUCAGUGGUAUGUAUGUAAUAAAAAACAAACAACAGCUCUUCCAGUUCUGGUAUAUUUUCAAAAUUUUGCAAAUUGCAUUCACCUGAACCCACAAUGUGUAAAAACAGGGUCAGGGGCACAUACAUAAGGUCCACCCCAAUGUCUCCAAUGUGCAGGUUGGUCUUUAGGUCUUUGCACUAGUGCAAAGGUCUGGAGAGGGCUUAAAAAUGCCUUCAUUUGACCACACUUAGAAACUCUCCCAGAUAAGACUGGGUUUCCGUCCAUGGGAGAGUUUCGCAGUCUAUUCAACUGAAUCUGCUUCAGAAACCCCUUCAGACCUUUGGACCAAUUGGGCAAAGGUCUGAAGAGGAGGUCAUCCCUAGGUCAGAUAAGACAGGGUCCCACUUGUGGGAGGGUUUCUAAGCGUGUUCAUUUGGACAUGCGCAAAAGUCCUCUACAGACCUUUGCACUAAUCAUGAAAAGGUAUGAAGAUGGGCCCAAAUACUGGCACCUUGAUGGCUGAGUUUGUCUGCACACCCCUGUUUUUACUCAUUGCCUUUUGUUAACGAGAGAUCUACCUCAAAUAUAAAUAGGGCGUUCAGGAAAGACUUGGAAUCCGUGUAAUGAGGGUUCUUGACUUAGGCCACAAUUUGGGGCAGUUAGAUAGUUAAAAGCCAUCGACUUGGAGCGCCCAGUGCUGUCCUUGCUUAUGGCUAUGUACUUCUGUGCCUUAUUAGGGAAAUAUGUAGCAAUAUUAUUAAGGGUUUGGAUUUUUCCACCUGCUUCUCAACAGUGCCAUAUUGGAUGCUUUACUGGAUAGGGCAGGAGUGGGCCCAGGCAGUGGCAAGGUUGGCAGGAGGGCCAGGUUGAUUCUGCCCAUGUGCCCCACAGUCCCAGCCUUGCCACCCUUCCCUUCUGGGUGUGUUGCUGCCCCACUGCACCUGCCGCUCCUGCACGAGUCCUUUAAAAAGCGGCAAUUCAGCUACUGAGACAGCAAUUCAAAGAGGGACACUGCCAUAGGACAGGAGCUUCUUAACCCUUGUGCUGCCUUCUUGAUGAAUAUCAUUCCUGCCUCAGCUGCUUUUAGCACUGCAGAGGAAAAGAUGUGGCUACAGGCAACCCCCCAUUUACGUGGAGGUUACAUUCCAAGGCACAUUUAAAUGAAAUUCCAAUGAUGUUUCAAAUAUAUGCAAACACCCCAUUCCACUCUGCCCCUUUAUGUGAGGUUUUUGGGUCACUUUUGGGUUUGACACAAUGCGCGCGUGCAUGGUUGAGCACAUGCUGAACUGCGUAAAUGGUGGGUUUCCUGUACUUCUUUCUUUUUCCCCUUGGUGGUAAAAGCAGUCGUGUUAUGAAAAAGCUUCAGUGUUCUUUUUAUGAAGAUGGUAAAAGCAAUGUGAGUGGGGUAAAACUGGGCCUCUCACCUUUAAAUUAAGUUUUAAAGUGUGUUUUAAUUGUGCUUUAGUUUUUUAAUCAAUUUUCUAUCAUUUUUAUUGUUUUAUACUGUAUUUUAAUGUUUUGUUUUUUGAUUGCUUUGUGAUCUUCUCAGAUACUGCCUGUUAGAGGGCUGUUAUGUAAGAAUAGUAAAAAAAUACAAGCCAGCUGCACUGUAGGAAAGAAAAAUGUCUCCAAAAGCAAUCAUGGAACUACAUGGAUUCCUGCAUUGCAGGGGGUUGGAAUUCCCUUCCAACUCUACAAUUCUAUGAUUCUGUACACAUAAGAUGCAGUUCAGCUAUACAUUUUCUUUUUGCUGUUAUCAGAAAAAUUAUUCCAAAUCCAACAUUUUUUCUUUGUUGUUAAUAACCCCAAAUCCUUUGAUUUGGCAGCAGACUGGGGGCGAUCUACUGUGCAAUAUCAAAUACUGAAACAGGAAGGUCUAAUAAAGAAUACACAUUACUUUAGUAAAUCAGAAACAACAAACAGCCUUGUGACACCUUAAGGACCAACAAAUGUCGCAUGGCAUAAGCUUUCAUGGACUGCAGUCCACUUCAUCAAAUGCAUGAAGUGUUAUCCUGAGUUACAGGUAACUUCGUUUGGGGAAGUGAGGUUUGUAAGCAAUGAGGUCAGAGGGAAAUGAAAUUUGGGCAGUGAUAAUUAUGUAAUUAAAAAACCAGUUGCUGGACGACACAGACAUCCUGGCAUUGAUAAGCCAAUUGACACACAGAAUGUGCUAAAAAUCUUUGGCCUCGGUACAUUCCCCAGGUGAUUGCCUUGAACUUCUUGCAGUGAAAUGUGAAACCACUGAAUUAUAAUAUAUCAAGGGGUGUCACGCCCUUUUUCUUGGCCCUACCAAGACUGUGUCUCUGGCGCUGGCAUGGCUGCAAAUGUUUUUGUGGCAAAGCAGAUGGAGGUCCGACAUGACACCAGAGCGAGAUGGGGGCAGCUGAUGUAUCCAUUGUCCUCCCAAGAGCCUCAGGAUGCAGUAAAACACAUAUUAAUAAUCUCCAAAUCUGAUUAAUGCAUCAAAAAGAUUUCAGUUUCAUAUUACUUAUUCAUUAAUUUAAUAUACUUCAAUGUACCUAAAACAGUGUCCUUACCGUAGUAUCUAAAAAUGUAAAAGUAGCAAAAGGUCAUGGAAUAGGAAAUUUUGUUGGACUUUAAAUCCAUAAACAUACUGGGUGAGAAACAGAAUAAAAUUUGUCAAAAUAGAACUAUUCCAACAUCUUUUCCUGCUUUCAAUCACCUUUUUCUACCGUUUUCCCACUUGUCUUUCAGUAUGUUCAUUUCAUGGAUUUAAAUGCAACCACAGCAGGUGCUAUAACUCUCCGGCAGUUUGACUUUAUCCACGAAGGCACAUGCUUUCAUUGUCUCCUGAGACAGAUACCAACAACAAUUGAAUAGAGUUCAACACAAUUUCCCAUUCUAUUACUUUUGCUACUUUCUCCCCACCCCCAGUAUUGAGCUGCUAAGAUUUUUGCUAUUGAUAAAUAAAAAUUCAUUUUUUCUGUUUCUGAUCUAAUUCCAUUUAUAAAUCCCAAUAGAAUUCUGGUAAUCUGUCCCUUAAACGUGUCCACCAUCUGCACCUAUGAAUAACUGGAUAUUUGCACUGAAUUUGCAUCAUAUCUGUCUUGUGAUAUUUAUAUCUCCAGCUUUUCGUUUUGCCUUCUAACUAAGUAUGUUUCAUCCUCCAUGAAGUCAUGUACCACCUGGCUAUUAUUUCAUUUGAAUUUUCCAAUUAAUAUAUGUUUAAUGUCUUCCACACACUCUUCUCCUAUAUAUAUAUUCCCAUAAUCUCGCUGUUUGCUUAUUUAGAUCAGUAGACUGUAUAUCACAAUGCAUGUUCUUCCAUUCAUUUACGUUUAUCAGUAAAUUCUACAUGUUAGAGGUCACUUUCCGUGCAUUAACAUUUAUUCCCUUAUUCUUUUUCUUCACUUAUCUUGUGCCCAAUUUAUGGAUUGAAAAUAUUGAUAUAUUGGAAAUUUUAUGGUAUUCCUUUUUUCAAUCAACUCAUGAUUACGAACAAGUACCACUUCUUUGACUUGCUUACCUUAAACUUACCAUCCAGGAGGGAUGUGUGCCAAUUGUUGCUCUUAGAUUCUCAAGUACAGUCAAUUAUCAUUAAAAUCAAUCUAACAUCACAUUUACAUAACUAUUAUAUCUCCCCCCCUUUUUUUUUUACUGUAACUGAACUUCCAUUUGGGUUUUCUUUUUGUGUGUUGAUUUUGAAAAAGGUAAAGCAACUUCAGCAAUAUGCACAUAUUCACUAAUGAUAUUCUUGCAAACUAAGAGAUAUUUAAAUUUUUCUAUAUCACAAACUCCUUCUUAACCGUCUUUAUCACUAGACCAAAAUUAACUGAGAGGAUAUAGAUCCUCUAAACUGGAUGUUAGCCACAUGCCAUAAAAUCAAACGGGUGUUAAUGCCACUUUACUUUCAAACAAAAUCUGUAUCUUUGUCCUCUUCUAAGCAAAACCAAAUAAAUUCUGUUUUGGAUCUAUUUAUCAUAUAUCAUGAUACCUUCUUGUUUCCUGAAUCACCCUCUUAAGUACUUUCAGUUUUUUACAUAUCUAACUUUCCCUUUACUUGCUGGUUUAUUUCUUAUAGCUAAGACAAAAUUCCCAACAAAAAAAAAAUGUAGAUGAAAAGUAGACAUUCCCCUCUUUCUAACUAGACUUACUUCUGUAUUGUUCCAUUUAUUAAUAGUUUUGUACUUGCUUUAUGAUAACAUGCUGUUAUUCAACAUUGACUUUUUUCUUCUACUUCAAAUUUACUUAAAACACCAUUAAAAAAAUUCUCUUUCCACCCUGUUGUAACUUUUCUGCAUCAAACACUGUCAAAGUAGCUGGUUGUUGAUUCUUAAGACUUUCAUAAAGUAAACUUACUGAUUUCCUUUUAUUUCCUUAUACACCUUCCCUUCUGGCAACUCCUGCACCCAAGCUUCUGCCCAAAGUAUCGCUUUCCUUUCCUUUGGGUCCCAGCCUGUUCUUCAGCUGAGAUGUAAUUUUGCUCAGCCCAGGUUUGAAGCUUAUUCAACAAAAACCUUCCAUAGACCUUUGACCCAGUAUCCAAGAGACUAACUGGGCUAUGAUUUUUAGGAUCAGAUCUCUCACUUCUUUUCUUUUUUCUUUUUACAGAGGAACAAUAAUAUUAGACCACCAUCCACCAGGAAUGUUCUCUGUCCACUUGAUAUGAGAGAACAACUUAGCCAAAAUGGGUGCCAACCAAGAGGAGUUAAAUUUAAAUAUUUCCUGGGGAAGCAUAUAUUCCCCGUGAGCUUUAUCUGUUGUUAGGUUUUGAAGUAAGCAACCAAUCUCCCAAGAUGUCACAGGCAAGGGAGGGCCAGGUAAAACGAGCCCUGGUGGUUGCCCUCAAAAUACAACUGUCCUAUGAUAGCAAGGGUUUGGGUUUCCAGGUGAAGCUUGGAAAUACAGAGAACUGAAUGGACCAAGUUCCAGAAUCUUGCACCAUCCUUUUGACUUUCAGCCACACCCAACUUCAUUCACCUUUAUCUUGAAUCUGCACCUUUCCCUUAUUUUCAGAUUCUUGUGAAAUUAUUUCUCCUUUCUUACAUUGUGCAUUACAACCAUCAGUACAGGAGCUGCUUCAUCUAAAACUCUGUAACCCUAGGCUUAUUCUUUGUAUGGUUGUCAAUUACCUCUGCUUCUUACAUUCACAUCCCUUUCUUCCAUUCAGGGCAACUAAUCCCCACCCCACCCCAUUUUUAUUAGUGGAUUUUUAAAAUGCAGAUAUAAUAAAAGAACAAGAAAGAGGGAAAAGACCGAAAAACCACCACCAGCACCCAUUAACAAUAAGAAUAAUCCAUCAAAAAUUAUAACUCAUCAAACCUAGUUUUAACACAUACAUUAAUAAAUGACAUCCAUGUGUCCAAAUAGGUUUCCAAGUGAUAUUGUUGAUUAUAAGAUAUAAGAUCUUCGGAUCACUGAGUAAUAGAUGAUCGGAAUUAAGAACCACUUCUGUUGUCUAUCUGUUAGACUGCACUUCACAGGAAUAUACAUUCAUAAAUAUCGAGGAUUUUUCCAAGACAAAGUUAAUACAAACAUUUCCUUCUUUUUUGAAAGAAACAAUUCAAAUAGGCUUUUUAUAUAGAACAACAAAUAUAACAUCCCCUCACCCUCACAACAGGUAUCAGGUUGUACCUUAACAUUACUCUGGUGAAUCCAUACAAAUUGAGCAAAUGCCCAGCAUAUAAUGUCCCAGGGACAGCAGAAAGGUGGUUUUAUCCAUCACAGAUAGGCAUUCCCAGUGGAGAAUAUAGUUCAAGCCGUGCUGUUCCGGAUGACCAUACUUGCGAAAGUGCUUUGGAUAAUUUUAUCUUUAAGAGCAGUUUGGUGAAAUCGCUCCUCCCUUCCACCCAUAGGGUGGCAUGCUAGGUCUCACUGUUGCUUCUCUUACUAUUGCAGAUACUUGAGCAACUCACGUCUUUUAGCAGUCUGACAGUUGAGUCACAAUUUCUAUAACAGUAAUCAACUAAAAUGGAUGGAGAGAACUACCCAGCUGCCAUUGGUUGUAUUUCCUUCUUGUCAUCAGACGCUUUUGUAUGUUGCUUUGGCUUCAGUUAGCAUGGCAGCCCAUUAGCCUGCAUGACACAUCGCAUAAAAAAGAGCCAACCCUCAAAAAUCACUCGUUGCUUUGGGAAGGGGAAGGGGAAUAUAUGGAUUGGGAGUAGAAAGUCUCUUCUAGGCAAAUAUGUUUCUGGGGGGGAACCACAGGGUGGACUGGGCCAAGUUGCAUGGAAGAGGACAAGGGCUUUAAAGAGUGAGGGGUAUAGGGAUUGAAAAUGUUUUGCAACUGUAUUGUAACUUCUGAAUAAAUGUUUUUUGAAUUAAAUUAUCCAAAAAAAGAAAAGAAAAGAAAGAGAGUAAGGUUAGGGACAUUUUCGAGGGUUGAGGAUAACUUUCCUGCUGCUCUGGUGGCUGCUUUCAGAACCAAUUGACAUACCUGUUAAAUAUACUUUAAACAUAUUCUGAAACAGAUCUUAGUGUCCCAUCAACAUAUUUCCUGCUUUCUCUGGCUAGCUUCUGGGGUGCAGUUGUCCUUUGUGCUUCAGAGGGCUCACUGAGAAGGAUUUCAGUGGUGGAGCAACUGAUGGGAUAGGUGGGGAUCUAAAGAACUUAGACCGCGUUUUGCAUUCAAGGACAUUUUGACAGUAUAUACUGAACCCCUUACAUUUUAAAAAGUUGGAACAGUUACCUUGAAAGUUGAAGUGAAACAGUGCCCCCCCCCCCGCCCAAUCCACUGCUUUGAUUUGCAGAGCUUGGCUACUAGCAUGUGACUCUCAGUUUUUGAAAGGGAAAUAGCAUGCUUUCAUUUUUUUCAGAAAGAAAUAUGGGGUCUUGGGACAAAGAAAAUCACAACUUCCAUCAUUAAUUUUAAAAAGUUACUUUUCCAGUUAAGAUACCGGUUAAGCAGAUACUUCAGUAUGAAGAGAAAAUGUUGUAUCAAAAUCAGGUGUAAUCUGCCCCCGCCCCGGCUCAGUGUCUCGUGCUGUGGGUGGGCUGGCCUGGCACAACCAAACUUUGCAAACGGCUUCUUGAUUUCUGUGAGAUAAUGAGGAUGAAAUCUUGCAUCCACUUAUUUGAGAGGAAGUGCCUUUGAACUCAGUUUGGCUUCAUGGUUAACAUGUAUGGGGUUGUACUUCCAAUGACUUGACUGACCCAGGAUAAAGUUCUGCUUUAAGGGGUUUGCAAAAACUUCUUGUCAGUGAAUACAGACAGAAGGUAGUUAUCUAAUGAAGAAUGUGAACAUAUAUAUAUAUAUAUAUAUAUAUAAAACUAAGAGACCAGAAAAUGCCAGAGGUUGUAUGACAUAAAUUUUAUAAAUUUCAGACAACAUUAUUGUACCAUUUGAUUCUCUCAGCCUCUAUAAAUGCAUUAAGGGCUUUUUUGCGUUGUUAUUUUUUUUUAAACCAGGAAAUCAUUCGGCUUCUUGACUAUAACGAUGUAGUCAGAGAUUCUUAGAGCAAUUUAUUGCUUGUUGGUAUAUUUCUGUUGUCAUAACAUAGCACUACUGAUAACAGUGGUCCCACACAUUUCCCCCCUUGUGGUGUGGCUGUUUCUUAUGCUUUAGUGCCUUUAAGCUCCCUUGGUUCCCCCCCCCCCCCCACGUUUCUCUUCUUGGAGCUCUGUGGGGUGAAGAGCAGGGCUGCCAUUUCUUUUCCAUAGAGAUCUCUUUCCAGUUGCCCUUGAGGACUGAAGUGCUGCUUUUUGCUCUUCCCUAAAUGUGGGGGAAAUGAAGUAUGGCAGUUUGCUAAUAAGAUAAGAUUAGUCAAUCCAUACUUUCUUCCCUUCUCUUCCUGGAGUUGUGAUACCUGACUGGAUAUCCACAUCUCAGAAAGAGGGGACAUAAAAGCAUCUGAAUGAUGCUGAGCUUGACAUAAUUUUGCUUGUGCUUCGCUCUAAUGGAGUGGCCAGCUGCUGCCACUUCAUCAGAAAGGGGUUUUUAAAGUGUUGUUUUGCAAACGUAGGUACAAUAUGGGCAGUUUUAUUUUAGAGACUGUUAGUUACCACUAAGUAAUGUCAUUUUUCCUUUAUCCAGCUAUUUAGCUGCACUCAGAUUUGAAUUGUAAAAAGAUUAACCAAAAUGUGAUGCAAAUGCUCCUCCUAAUAAGGUUAUGUUAUGUUAUUCUAACAUACAUUUCUCCACACCUGCCUUAAUGAUGUUGGAAUAUUUUGGCCACACAUUCUCCAGUAAUGGAAGCAGAAUGUUCAUGGCUUUAUGUCCUACCUCAAAAGAGGAGUGUUCCAGUUUUUCAGCCAUUGUUUUAAAGGAGUGUGACAUAACAUGAUUGACAUGUUACAUUGCACUCAUUUUCUUUGGAAAGAGAAGCUAUACAAGGUAUGUGAAUAUUUCUUCUUGUUGAGAGCCCUUCUUCUUUCUUGCAGGUAUCAGUAAUGCCGAAGCCCGCCAACCAGGAAAAGCACCUAAUUUCAGUGUAAACUGGACCAUAGGAGAUGCUGGUCUUGAAGUGAUUAAUGCUACAACAGGCAAGGACGAAAUGGGACGUGCAUCCCGUCUUUGUAAGCAUGCUCUGUACAGUCGCUGGAUGCGAGCUUAUGCAAAGGUAUAUUUUGGCAAAUGGGUAAUUCAGCACUACAUCUGUAUCCACAGGGCAUAAGCAUUUGGGCUUUGAGUCUAUCAUUUACUGGGCAAGCUGUGUCAGAGCUGAAUGUAUCAGAAGUUUGAUGCACCCAUAAAUUUAUUUGUAUGCCACCUUUCCAUAGUUCAAACAAUGCUCAAGGUGGCUUAGAACAUGGAAAAAUGCAUACCUACGAUGAAUAUAUUUAAAAUACACAACCAAACUGAACAACUUCCACAUAAAUCACAAUAAGAUUACAAGAUCUCAACCCCCCCCCCCAAACAUAAUCCCAGCCCAAGAGUCUGUUUAGCAGCCUCAGCUUUUGUAGCUGGUCAUUCAGGGCCCUACCGUCCCAGGCCAGGCAAGGAGAAGGUCUUGCAGAACUCAUAGCCAAGAAAUGAUAUUUGCUGCUGUUCUCCAAGAAUGGUGCCCACUGUGCCCGAAUACAUUGGCUUUCUGUAACCAUAGAAUGGUCGAGUUAGAAGGUACCCAGACGGCCCUCUAGUCUACCCCCUGCAUCACAGCUAAAGAAUGUCAGACAGGGGGCCAUCCAGCCUCUGUUUAAAAACCUCCAAGGAAGGAGAGUUGACCACUUGAGAUUGUCUGUUCCAUUGUCAAACAGUUCUUACAUCAGAAAGUUCUUAUGAAUGUUAGUUUGAAUCUCCUUUCUUGUAAUUUGAAUCCAUUGGUUUGGGUCCUACCCUCUGGAGUAGCAGAAAGCAAGCUUGCUUCAUCUUCCAUGUGACAGCCCUUCUCCAGGCUAAAUAUACCCAAUUCUCCCAACUGUUCCUCAUCAGGCUUGUUUUCCCAACUCUUUAGCCUAUUGGUUGCCCUCCUCUGCACACCUUCCAGUUUGUCAAUAUCCUUUUUAAAUUGUGGUGCCCAGAACUGGACACAGGACUCCAGGUGUGGUCUGACCAAGGCAGAAUAGAGUGGGACUAUUAUUUCCCUUGAUCUGGACACUAUACCUCUGUUGAUGCAGCCUAGAAUAGCAUUAGCCUUUUUGCUGUUGCAUCAUGCUGUUGACUUAUGUUCAGCUUGUGGUCCACAAAGACUGCUAGAUCUUUUUCACAUUUCCUGCUGCCAUGCCAGGUGUCCUCCAUCGUAUAUUUGUGCAUCUGGUUUUUCCUGCCUAGGUGCAGAACCUUAAAUUUUCUUCUGCUCUGGAGGGUAAGACUUGAAGUAAUGACUUCAAAUUACAAGAAAGGAGAUUCUGACUAAACACCAGGAAGAACUUUCUGACAGUAAGAGCAGUUUGACAGUGGAACAGUCUCCCUUGGGAGAUUGUGGACUCUCCUUCCUUGGAGGUUUUUGUCCCUAUUGAAAUUCAUUUUGUUAGUUUUGGCCCAAUUCUCCAACCUGUGAAGGUAAUCUGAAGGUGUGUAGGGAGUUCACCCCUUCUAUUAGGUCUUCUCUUUUGUUGCCAAGGUGACAAUAAGUGACGUAGAAUUGUAGAGCUGGAAGGGAUCCAAAGGGUCAUCUCAAUGCAGGAAUCUCAGCUAAAGCAUUCUUGACAUGAAUAAACAAUAGGUGAUGAUCAACUGAAGAAAGUUAAAAGUUUGGUUUCCCCAUUAUUUGUAUUUGAUGGGGAGAUGUUUCAGUCAAAAACACUAACUUGAAUAUUGGUCCCAACUUGGAAUAUUUUAAAGAUUUAAAAAGUUUUUUACACUGCUUGAAAACAGAUUCCAUAGAAUUUUAAUAAGCCUAAGAAGGAAAUAAAAAAGUACCGCUCAACUACAUAAAAAUAUGCCUGCUCUUUAUGCAAACAGUAAAAAAUUUAAUCAAGUACCAUAUUAAAAAGUUCAGGUAACUCGUGUCUUAUGCAGGGGUUUUGUUCCUGGGAUGGCACGUAGACGCAAAAACACAAAUACUCAAGCCCCUCACUUGGAACUGCCCCCAAUGCAAGCAGUCUUACAUUCUGGAGCUGGUGCAUCAAAUGGGUCUUAGCCCCCAAGGUUUUAAGCUCUCUCCCUUGCUUACUGGGCACACGUGUCCAUCCAAGAUCUCAUGAGUAAGCGGCCAGUAAGGAAAUCUAGAGCUUGAAAGCUCCCUUCACACUGGUAAAACUCUAUGCAAAAAAGUUCUGCCUUGCCUAUUUUGCUCUGCACUGCUCAUGUACCAUAUGGACUCAGUGAGGCUCUCGUGAGUUUUUGCAGGGCCACCCAUGUUCCCAUGAGAUCUUGCAAGAGCCUCUCAAGGCUGAGACCUUGAAAGCUCUCUCCACACUGGGAAAACCCUGAGCAAAAAGAGCUUUUAAGCUCUCCACUUUCCAUGCAUUUAAUUUGUAUGAUUUCAACUGUCUGGCCUUCUGCCACGUAAAGUUGAAAUUGCACAUGUGACACUUGUAAGUUGUGAUUUAAAAACUUGUACUUUAAAAACAUGGAAUGUUAGGAACUGCCUUGUUGAGUGAUGUGGCAUGUUUCUUGCUAUUCUUCACGGCCAGUUUUUAUUUUAUUUUCAUGUUGAGAUAAAACUAUAGCACCUGUUUGAUCAGAGCACUGCUCUAGCCAGCAAGGCAUGCCAUGUCCCAUGUGUGACUUGAAGGGCGCUCCGAGUGGAGAGGGCUGGCCUGGAGGCUCUGGUGGAGCGCCUGAUAUUUGUGCAUAAGGAUCUCCAGUAAGGAUCAUUCCAUUGCGGCUGGAAAAGACUUGGCCCUUCUAAAGAGACCCUACCUACUAGGAGUGCAAAAGAGCCAGCCAGACAGUGUAGCAAGCCUAUGGCAUAGUUAUUCUGUGUCCCUUGCAUGGAAUGAGUUUAGGGCAGGGAUCAUCUUUCUAUACCUGCCCUGGUGUUCCUGAAAAACCUCCUUGAAUUGUUCUACAGUGGUACCUCAGGUUAAGUACUUAAUUCGUUCCAGAGGUCUGUUCUUAACCUGAAACCAUUCUUAACCUGAAACACCACUUUAGUUAAUGGGGCCUCCUGCUGCCGCCGGAGCACGAUUUCUGUUCUCAUCCUGAAGCAAAGUUCUUAACCUGAGGUAAUAUUUCUGAGUUAGCGGAGUUUGUAACCUGAAGCAUAUGUAACCUGAAGCUUAUGUAACCCGAGGUACCACUGUACUCUCCACGGCCCUCUCUCAGAACAAAUCACUCCAUCAAAGCUGAAUUAGAGCUGCCUGGAGCAGAAUAGGUGGGAUUAAAAUCCAAUUAAUUUUUCUUGGUUAGCAGGCAUUACAGUUUGAAAAAAACACAAAAUGGGGGGGAGGAGAGAUGGGAAGUUUGGGUCGUAGCUUUGGAUUUUGAUUCUGAUUCAUAAAUAAAGAGAAAAGAAAACAAAACAUGUCCUAGGUAUUAUUUUGCCAACUGUUUUAUAGUUGCGCAAUUUCAAAAAUCAUAUAUUGAAAUGAUAAAAUAUUUGCUAUAUGUAACAGGAUUCUCUUUCUUUCUAAUCUCUCCAGCUUUCUUCCAGUCUUCGUUCAAAUGUCAGUAAACCAAACAUGUACCACGAAACAAAGCAAGCAGCUUCCGAAUAUCAAACUGCCAAAGAGUGUUUGUUCAAAGCAUUUUCAAAGGCAGGACUUGGCGCCUGGGUGGAGAAGCCCAUAGAACAAGAUCAGUUUUCCCUUGUAGUCUGAUCCAUGGAUGCCCUCUGCUUGGAAAAGCGGAUAGGAUGGAAACCCUGACGUCAACAUUUCAUCUACACAGCUGAAACAGCAGAUCUUAGAUUUUUAUUAUUGUUUUCUGUUGGGGAGAGGCUGACUUGAGACCAUUUUUUUCUUUUGCUAAAGUAUUAAAACCUUUGGAAAACUGAUAAAUACAAUAACUAGUCUAGAAUAAUACAAAAUUAUUCCAUUACCUUCUAAGGAACUAUUGUUUGCAGGGGGUGGGGGAACCCACAAUGCAAUUCAAAGUGAUACAUCUGGAUAAUUUAAAUUUUAUUUUACUGCAUUGUUACCAGGUGCAUGAUUAAUGUAAACCACCUAGGAUUUUACACAAAACUUUGACUAAGUGGUUUGUUUUUGUGUUCUUUUAGAGCCCAAGAGACAGAUUAUUUAUGUGCUUCUUAUAGAUUUUUAUUUUUUAAAUAAUUGAGCUCACAGAACCAGACUGGAGUUUGGCUAGCUAUUUUUCCCUGCUUCCUUGCUCUUUAAAAACCAGCUGUUGAAAACUUUGUCUCUCUGAUUUAUGUAUUUAUUAUUGUGUGAUCCAGUUUUUAACAUACCACUUUUUAUUCCAUUUUUAAAGUACUUGUCUUCACUUCCCAUUUACACAUAUUGUGAAGUUAUUGUUUUUUUACCAUUGUAAACUGGAAACUAAAUAUUUGUAAGCUAACAAAUUCUUUUUACUUUGAUGUAUGAAAACCAGCUUAGAAAUAGGCGGAUUGUGUUUCACAGGAACUCAGUGGAGUACAACAGUAAUAUUACCAGUGAUGUGGCAAUUUCAAAACACUCAUUUGUGAGGAAAUACGCUGCCUUGCCAAAAACCAAUUCACACACGAACACUACUAAGGGCAAAAUAAUUUUUAAAUUGCGCACUUCAGAGACCUAACUUAUUUUCGGCGGAACUGUUGUGUUCUUUUACACACACUAAUAUAAGGGUACCAACCCAAAUUAUUCUGAAAUGAUCUGUUUGGUCUAGUAUAAUAGGAAUAAAUAUUGAAAACGUUGUUCAUAUAUCUUGAUGACAUCUCCCAUUAAUGAGCAUGUUGCGUGGAUCUGAUCUCUCAAGGACAGCAGUCCUUGGCUGAGAGAGUUAGGUUCUAUGCUGAGCCAAAGCGCAGGACCCUGGCGGGCAGCUGUUUCCGCUGCCUGUGCUUCAGAGCCAGUUGGCGCCAGGAAGGGUUGUCCCAGAGGCAGGGUGCUGCAAAUGUCCAGGUGCUAUAGCCAGCAAAUCUGACUCUCCUGCCCAUCGCCAAGGUAUCAGAAGGUAUUGUCUUUCUGAUAAUUUAUGAUAGGAUGCAGCAAGCAAAGUUGCACUUAAUGAAAUAGGUGGUGGGACUGAUACCUCGGCAUUAAUUGUAAACAUGCAAUAUUGCUAACAUAUUAUUCCAAUAAAAAUAAGAAGGAAUUCAUAACAAUCAUGGUAGAAAUUUGGGCUUGAUCUCAGUAGUUACAUUCCAAGAAAGCAUGUAUUGUAGGUUUAGCAAAUUCAACAUUUCCAUAUGCUUAAAGCGAAUUAAUGGUUACAUGUUUUGCUAAACCAGUGCCAGAAAUCAAAGUUGUAAUACUAUAUGUAUAUCACAUAUAUCUUGGCCUCUACAUGAUGUGAUGUUCAUAUUGAAGGUAUCACAUCAGCUCAAAAGUAUUUUUUAAAUAUUUGUGCGACUGUAUGUAGUAGGUAGACACGGUAGCUAGCUCCUCACCUCUGGGUAUUGUCUGGGUACUGCUAUCUACAUAGUAUUGUGGUGAUAGUUACAAAAACUUUACGAAGUUACUUUGCAUGUCCAGAAAGCCCUAUGCUGUAAUUGGUAUUCCUCUUCCUUUAAAAUGAAAUAGAUAUAUAAUAUGUUCACUUAAAUAAUAUUAUGAGAAAAAGGCAUGAUAGCAAUAAGUUAAUAUAGAAUUUAAUAGAAUAAAUCAGAAUUUUAUUAUGUGAAGGAAAAUAAUUUAUAUGGCAUUUUAAAUUGUUACUAGGCAUUUUCUUGCAGUACUGUGGCCUGAAUUACAGUGGUGCCCCGCAAGACGAAUGCCUCGCAAGACGGAAAACUCGCUAGACGAAAGAGUUUUCCGUUUUGGAGGUGCCUCGCAAAACGAAUCUGCUAUGGGCUUGCUUCGCAAGACGAAAAUGUCUUGCGAGUUCCUGGGUUUUUUCCCCUUUUCCCCCUCUUUUCUAAGUCGCUAAGCCGCUUAUCUGCUUAUCCGAUAAGCUGAUAAGCUGCUAAAAGCCGCUAAAGCCGCUAAAGCCGCUAAUAGCGCUAAUCCGCUAAUCCCGUCAAUGGGCUUGCUUCGCAAGACGAAAAAACCGCUAGACGAAGAGACUCCCAGAACGGAUUCUUUUCGUCUUGCGAGGCACCACUGUAUAUAGAACAUAAUCAACACAUCCACGUGCUUAAAAUGGUCACAUGAAUAGUCCCAAUGAAGCAUAUUCCAGUUCAGAGGAUCAAGGCCAAUUUGUAGACAACUGUGAAGAAAAAUAAGAGUAUGAAUAGGCUUGCCAAGUGUUGAAUUAAAAAAAGUCUGGUACCUGGUCAGGGCCUGGGGACAGAGCUCUCCGUUACAUGACGUAGAAUCCAGAGUAGGUCUGCUGAUGACACAGUUUUUUAGGGUGGACCCAAGUCAAGAGGUCUGGGGGCAGAGCCAAAAUUAAAUUAAAAACCAAACCAGCACAGGUAAGGAGGAAAAUAGCAGCUUUCUCCUUGGCUUUUCUGACACCUGGCUCAAAAGCAAAAAUAAAUAAAAUUGUCCACACUGUUGCUUUCUUCUGGCUGAUUGGCAACCCCAGUUAUGAGCUGGCUGAGAGGUUUUUUACUAUAGCGGUUUUAAUGAAAUUAAAGUGUGAAGAUUGCACAAUGUAUAGCAAAUCUGCUGCAUUUUAUAGCUUGAGAGCGAAUGUGUUAGUGUUUUUUCCAAUAGCAAAGUGGCUUGCUUGGAACAUAAUACCAAGUCACAGGGUGAGCAGAAGUGAGCCAGAGCCUCAUGAACUCUGCCCUCCUCUCUCCAGCACAACAACAAGGGGAUUGCAAGCCUUCACACUUACCUAAACUAACCAGAGUCUAUUGUUACGUCCAUCCUGUGAAAGUUCUAGUUGGUUUAAACCAUGGUUUAUUGAAACAAGCCAAGACCAGUCGGCGGCUUUUGGUUCUGGCUUGUUAAAGUGUGUGUUUAAAUUAACCAGAAUUUCCCCGUCAUGGGCAGAACCAUUAACUUUGGUUAGUUUAAAACAGAAAGUAAAUGCUUUGGAAAUUCUGUCCUAUUUGGGAAAGAGGUGGUAGCCUAUGGGCUGCUUUACUCAUUUGUGAGUGUGCCAGAUUUGCUCCUUUUUCACCAACCCGUCUGUGCCUCAGAGCUCUCUACUGUCGUGAGCAUUAAGAACGUGAUGUGACUAUUUGGAGCCGACAGCUGCCUAAUUGCUGAUUUCACGACCAUGCAAUUAGUAGCUUUCCUAGAGACAACUCUUCUUUGCCUGGGCGUCUGGUAUCUCUCACUGGGGCAACCUAUUUGUUUGCGACCAAAUAGGCCUGUUCCUAUGGCUGCACUGUACAGCCAACAAUGUUACCUUCCUGUAAAGCAGGGGAAGGGACCCUGGGACCCUGUUAAGACUCACAACACCCACCAGCCCAUGCCAUGAUGGUGGGAGCUGAAGUCCAGCAACAUAGCGAUGUCUGUGGGUUCUUCGCCCCUGCCGUCAAGAAAAGAAUUCAGUGGAUGUGCGGUGAAAAGUUCCUUGUAACUAGAAUCUUACAUAAACAGCAAUCACGAGUCCCAUUUAUGUGUUUUUAUGUUCAUUUCUGUGAUCAGCAGGGCAACAACUCUGUACCAUCUCAAUGAAAAGGAUGCUUCCAUAUGCUGGGCAGGAGGGGACGAGUUUCUCUUCCUUUUCUCCCUCAAACAGCCCCUUUCCUCAUAGAACAAAAACUGGACUAUUGAAAUACCUAGAUAAUGAUGUUGUCACAUAACUGCCAUGGAGGUUUAUUUUUGUUUUUUGUUACAAUGUGGUAACGGUUCUCCAGACUUUGAAAAAUAAAUCUUUGCCUUCCCUCAAAGGAAGCUCUUACCAAUCCAAAGACUCUUUUCAUGUCUUUGCAGUUGAAGCACAAACUCUUGAUUGGGGAGAAACCCCUGGAUUCCUUUUGGGAGGUGGGAAAGGGAUGAACGAAAGUUAUCCAAAUGUCUAAAUGAAGCAAGCUUACAAAUAAAAUGAACACAACUAUAAUUGGAGCCUGCUGUUGCAUUCUAAAUAUAAAGGACCUAAAAUAUCAACGAAUUGGUUUUUAAAGUAUUUUAGGUUUUGCUGCUUAAUACCUCACUGUUUCUGCAUGAUUUGAGCCUUCAAAAUAAGUGAACUUAAUUUCAUUCUGCUUUACAAUGUAACAGAUACCUUGGUCUUCAAAGCAGGUGAAACCUGGUGGUAACCAGUACUGUUCCCAUAACUAGAACUUUGUUAAAGCAAUACAUGAAAAAUAGUAGUCUUAAUAAAUCUGCAUAAGGUAUCUUUUUUUCUUUUUUAGAAACUGUUACUACUAUGAU